AUAACUGUUUUUCAUGGAGUCAGCUUUGGUAGAUUAUUAGAGUCUCCUUCAUCAGAGGCAUGCUCUGCUUAAUUGGGGGCAUCUUAAAAGGCAGCUGCUUUAUUAUGGCAUCUUCAUGCACCUGGGGAGAUUCAGUGUCGUAGUUCAGGAAACAUUAGAACGUAAAUAAUCGGUUAUGAUUGAAGAUGCCAACAGAUUCUUUGCUGGUGUAGCUGGAAGCGACGUGGAAAACUGUUUUUAAAAAGAUGAAAUUAUCAUAGCUAUUGCCUUGCAAACCAUACUAACUCCAGCCCGUUGUGAGCCAUUCCUGUGGUUUUCUGCUCACUACAGAAUUAUUUCGGAUCCGUGGGCCCGUUAAAGGAGCCAGUUUAUGCAUUCAGCAGAAUUUAUUUCCAUACAGUAUUUAUAACGAGACUCUUAGCGAUAAGAAUUCAUUUGAGUAUAUCGCUUCAGUCUGCAGGUUGUGUGUGUGUGUGUUUGCAACAUAAAAAUAAACACCAGUUUUGCCUGCGCUCCCGGCAGGGCCUCUCUCGCUUUUCAUUGGGAUUUUUCUAUUUACCUGUGGAUGGCGGAUAUUGAACCUGAGACCUUAUGCAUGCAUGCAAACCAUCUGCUUUCCCCCCCCUCCAAAGCCCCCGCGUUCUUUGCACACAUGAAGAGAAAGUGAAAGGGAGGUUCAACUCUCCUUAGAAGGAAUGCCUUAAGGAAAAGGGAGCUUUUUAAACCACCAGGAACUUAAACUACUUACAAGUAAGCUGGAACUAGCGCCCUUGCUCCUACAGAAACACAACUGACCUAAGGGGCAGCGAGUUGAGAGCUCGGGGGUUUCCGUGAAGAUUUCCGCGAAGCGUUCCCCUUCGGAAAACUUCGCGUUCCUUCGGCUCUGUGUUCGGGUGUUUCCGUAACGGCCGCCGUUGUCAAGGGUAACAACGCUCAGCGUCUCGUUGAGUCGGGCUUGAGGCCCGCCAGGCCUCUCUCUCGGGCUGAGGUGGCGCUGUGAGCCGGUAAGCGACAAACUCGAGGUGGGGCUGGGGGCAGGCUGGGAUUCAACUUGGACUCGCUUCUUUCGAUAAGCUCCUCGGGGGUGGGGGUUGCUGCUCGCGAAGGCCGUGGCCCGAACUGGCGCCUCUGGGGCCGGUCCUGUCAUGGGCGAAGGGAGGGAAACGUAACUUUCGUGCGCACUCAGGUUGGCGAUGAGACCCGAUGAGUUGGUGUGAGGGUCGUGCUGGGCGAUGGGGAGCGUUUCAGCAUCUCUCUCUCUGUGCUUAAUAUUGUGGCUCAGGCUUCUCACCUUUUGGGUUGCCUUUUUAACACCUGUGAGACCCAGGCAGGAAUUUAAAAUGCUCCACGGAUGGUAUCUCUAACACCCAGCAAACUCGUCAAGAUGAACUGUAUAAGAAAGGAUCCAAUGCAUGCUGGAAAUGCUAACAUUUUGACUGGUUUAGAUUAACUCUUGUAAUGAGAAACAUCAAAAAGUGAGGGGAUGAGUUGGUUACCAGCAAUCUAGAUCAGGAUUUCCCAAACUUGGGUCUUCAGCUGUUUUUGGACUACAACUCCCAUCAUCCAUAGCUAGCAGAACCAGUGGUCAGGGAUGAUGGGAAUUGUAGUCCACAGGCAGCUGGAGACGCAAGUUUGGGAAACCCUGAUCUAGAUACACAAUGAUAGGCAUCCCAACCAAGAACUUUAAAAGAACCAAGUAAGAACCGGAGGGAAGUCAGAGGUAAUUAGAACAUCAAUAAGUUGAAUGGCAAAGAAUAUAUUUUUGUUUUUUUUCCUUUAUUGUGAUUUGGAAAUAUUUGUAUAUCAACAAGAAAUUGAAACUUCACAUUGCGAUCUUAUGUUAAGUAAGCAUUUCUGUUGUAAAAAACCAAUAAAGAUGAAUCGCAAAAAAAAGAAAAAGGAAAUGCUAAGACAGGGCACCUUUUUCCACAUGUGGUGGACGCGUAAGAGAGCAAAAAAGUAUUGCCCCUCCUCACUUGGCUCAUAUCUAAAUUACACAACAGCCAUCUCCCUCUCUCCUCUUGGUGUGUAUUCAUUCCCAUGCUUGCCCCAAGUGUGUAUGGUGGCCACAUUUGACAUGGCCUCAGAAGCUCCCCUCCUUUAGCUCCAAUGUUCUUCAGCCCUUCAGAUGAGAGCUGGCUAAGUUAGAAUAACCAUAAAAUUCUUCUUUUAGUAUUCUGUAUAGAACAGCUACUUGUUCUGGCCAUUACUUUCUAGAAGUAAAUAAUGGUUUAGUAUAUGUUUUAUCUGCAUUCUGGCCUGGGUUACAGUGGUGCCUCGCAAGACGAAAUUAAUCCGUUCCGCAAGUCGUCUUGCGGUUUUUUCGACUUGCGAAGCACGGCUAUUAGCAGCUUAGCAGCUAUUAACGCCUUAGCGGCUUUAAGAAAAAGGAAACAAACUUGCAAGAACUCACAAGACGUUUCGUCUUGCGAAGCAAGCCCAUAGGGAAAUUCGUCUUGCGGAACGACUCAAAAAACGGAAAACGCUUUCGUCUAGCGAGGCAUUCGUCUUGCAGGGCACCACUGUAUACAGUUCGUAUUUCACCCCUCGUGCCGGGUGAAUACAAUGAAAUAAGACUACAUGAAGGUGAGUUCUAUCACUCAGUAACGCAGUAGGUGAUGACUGCAGGUAUUGUGAGGACCAUUAUGGGAAGCAUACUCUCAGUGAAUCUGGAUCAGAUUGACCUAGUGACCUGCAGGAUCCAGUGCCUUGUAGGGGACAUCACAUCUCCCAGCUCCUGUCUGGAGCAAGGGUUUUUCUGACCUGCUGGUGGGUGGCAGAAAUAAUGCCACUGAUGAGCUUUGGUAGACAUAUGCUGCAUUUCCCCUUCCACUUCUCACCUUGGUAGGGUGGGGAGAGAAGGGCUACUGUUUAAAAAGUAUAAAUUUAAAUUCCUUGUGUUUGCACUGUAUUUUUAUAUGCAAUAUUUUUAUAUCUUUUAAAUAUGUAGAUUAGACUACAUUUCCUAUUGAUGCUCAGGACUUAUUUUACAGUUAGUUUGUCUCUAAAUACUUGUUUGUGUUGUAGCUCUUUAUCAUGGCUGUGUACGUUGAUCAUCGUAUAGAAGCUCUCGAGUCCCGUGGAUGCCAUUCUCACAUAGCUUGGCACCCUCAGCAGCCAUUUUUGGCUGUCGCAUCUAUUAAUUUAAACUCUGGUGGCAGUGUGGAUAUUUUUCUAGAACAGGUGAGCAUUCUAAAACUUUCUCUUUUUUCUUUUUUUGCACUAGCUUUGAACUUCUGCAUCUGUAAAGAUACAGAAGUUCAGUUUUGUUAAACUCAGUUUUUUAUGUGUUAUAUAUACACAGUGUCCUAGUUCACUUUAAAUCCAUUGAAUUACCUCAGGAUUUAUUACUUUGCUGUUAUUAUGUCUAAUGUUUUAUAGGUGCUGUGCAAAUAUUUUAAGAACACACACUCUGCUCACAGGCUUCUGAUUAGACGUGAUAUAAAACACUUUUCCUUUCCACCUUGUCUUGGGAAAGGAAAACGGAGGGUUUCCCCUCUUCCAAGUUGGGCCUUUAGAGAAAGCACCAUCCUCUGUGCUACCUUUUGCAAGACCUGGAGAGAGAGAGAAGAGCCUACCCUUUGUUUUCUCAAUUGAGAAGAACGAUGAGGCCUUUUUUUGGUUGUUUUUUUCAGUUAGACUUUUACAGAAAGCAUUAAAAAUAAUUACAAAAGCCCAACUUGUAGGAGGAAGAAAGCAUCUUUCCUGCGACUGAUGGGAGUUGGAAGGAAGUUCAACAAUAUCUGGAGGGCCACCCCAAUGCAAACCCUUUUCCUAGUGUGUUUAUGCACUGCAGAGCAAAACAAUAGGCCUUUUUUUCUACAUUCUACCCAGCAACAAAAUUCAGCUUACAGUGUAGUUUUAACUUUCUUUUAAACAUAAUUAGUUCAGUGGAAGGUAGAAAAGGAGGGCUUCUUGUAUCACACAUGAUAGGAGCUAGAAUGACCUCUGGAGGUAGAACACCAGUUUAUUUGGAGAACGCAGAAUGCUUGACUUUUCAGAAGGCUGAAAAGAAGGAAUGUAAAAAAGAUAUGUGUCGUGUUGUUUGCAGGGAGAAUAUGUGUGUGAUGCACACUUGGAAAGAAGCUUCCAGGCCACAUGCCUCAGUUGGCAUCCAACCAAACUGAUACUGGCAGUGGGCUGUGAGAUGGGCGACGUGGUGGUGGUGAACAAGCAGGACAAGGAACAUCAUGCGGUACCCUCCAACCAUAAUGCUGAUAUUACAAUUCUAAACUGGAGUACUAAUGGCACCCGACUAGUUUCUGGCGACAAAGUAAGUAGCAAAAUCAAAAUGGUUCUUUGAUGAACAUAGUUUUAAUAGGUACUACAGACAUGCAGCUGUGUAAUAAACUGAAAGAAAUGUGGAGGUGGCAACAGUGUCCUGGGACAAGAAUAGGAAGAGGCAUUCUAAAGGACCGAGAAACAAAGUAGGAGGCCAAUAUUGGGAAUGGAGUGCCAGAAUCCACGGGACUUUAUGUUACCUAGGACUACUUUUCUAGCGUACUAUAUUGACUUCUGAGAGUGCAGACAGUACAGUUGUCUAGCUCUAAACCUCCAUUGGCCUGUGUUUGCUGUGGGAAUGCUGGGAAUUAUCUGUGAUAUGGAAAUGAAUAGAAAAGUCCCUUUAUAGUGUAGGAGCCCCUCAAGACACAACCCUACAGUCUUUUGGUGUUGUUUAUGUUGUUUUAGAAUGUCUGAGCUAUACAAUCCCCAGAGGACUCAUUUAGUCUGUGCCAUUUCGACUGGUUUGUUGAUGUGACGAAUUCUGUUGCCAGUGUGUAGCAUGUUGUGUGUCUCAUGCACCACGUUCUGUCUGCUUUUUCAAGAGCUGUGUUACCUCUUCCUUGUUUAAUGCAAGGGUAUCAAAAUAAGAGUGCAGGAAGGUCCUGAACAGACAGGAAUAUACGGUAUUGUUGAAAAGCAAAAAGCCCAGUGUAUGUUUCCACAGCUUGUUCUGUUUUGUCAACAUUAAAGUGAUAUUUCUCUGCUGUGUGUUUGCAAAAUGAAAAAGAGGAUAUUUCUCUGCUUUGUGUCUGCAAAAUGAAAAAGAGAGCAACAUGAGGGUCAAACCAGGUGAUAUGGGAGAGCUGUCAUCAGGAUCUUCUGGGUUUUUAAAAAACCCAACAACAUUAAUAGUAGUUUGUGGAUGUGGCUUUGGCUCCAGAGAUUUAAAAUUUUAUUAUUAAAAUUGUCUGUUUCCUGUUUGAAAGUUAGUACUUGCCUGUGGGGUAUGCGUGGAGAUUGCAGGUACCUGUAAGCCGCCCACUCCACCCAUGUUCCAAGAGGAUGCAUUAGCAAACUGAGCAUAGAUGUAGAAUGGUCAGUGCACUGUAGAUGAACAGAGGGCUUUUGCUUGGCUACUUUAAAAAAAUGAAAGUAAUUGGAAAUGAAAAACUUUUGGGCUUAUUCAUGACGCUCAUAUGACAUGGCAGCUGCAAUUUUCAAUCUGUUCAUGUUUAUUUUCUAGCACUGGCUAUCAGAGACUAAUGUUGUCAUGUGUAUGCUGAUGUCAUGUGCUACAAUGUGCUGGAUCCACUGGUGGAGGAAGAGGAGUGGGGGGGAGCGCAGCGCACCUGGCAGUGCGAUCCCGGUGGGGUGCCAUCGCAGCUGCCCCCUGCCCACGCUGGGCACAACACCCCCACAGAUGGCAUGCCAUGUCCCUGGGGCAUGCGCCCCCCCACCCCCGCCUGCCCUCCGCCCCCCCGAAUGUAUUUUCUAUCUUUAUUUGCUUAUUUCCAGCUUUUGUCAAACAAUCCUAAAACAACGCCACAAUUCUCAGUAUAAAAUGCCAGUAAUAAAAGCAUUGUGUCAACUCUCUUAAUUUUUCUUGUAACCUUUAUAGCUUGGUGUCCUUGUGUUAUGGAGGAUGGACCAGCGGGGUAGAGUUCAGGGCCCCCCUCUGCUUAAGCAUGAAUAUGGAAAGCAUCUCAAUUACUGCAUCUUCCGACCACCCCCUCCUGGCGAGUAAGUAGCACACUCUGGCCAGACUUCUGAUAGGCAAUAGAAAACAGGUGGAAUCGGACCUGCUGACUUCCUCAGUGUCCAGUCAACAGUAUCUAUCUUGGAUCAGACCUCCUCUUAUUUUGAGUGUUUUUGUAACUCAUAUACUCCCACCAUUUAUGUUCAUUAAAGCUUCUACUCCAUCUUCUAAUUGACCUUGCUACUUACUGUUGUCUGCCUUCCUCCUAAAUCCUCUAUUGGAAUUAAUCUACUUUUUCAGUGUCAUGCCCAGGUCCUUUGCCUUCUUAUGAACCUGCUUUUCUAUUCUGCUUUCAUGGUCCCAUCACCAGUUCUAUUCUGGCUGCACUCCUGCUCUCUGUCCAGAUAUAGUUCAUCGUUACCUGCCACUGACAACAUCCUAUCUCAUGUUAGUCGCUUUUGAAUCUCCAUUUCUGUUCUAAUUUAUCUGGAAAAUUUAUUUCCUGCUUUUACCAUUAAAAUUUUAGUAAAAGCAAAAUAAAACCAAGAAAAAUAACAACAAAUACCAAAAAGCAGCAACAAAAGCUAUGAAAGACCUGAGAGAAUUGUUUCUGAAUGCAGUGUAGAUUUGUCAACAUACAGCAAGCAAAAUCUCUUUUGUUGUGGUGAGAUCUUGUUGGUAACCAGGGGGUGGUAUUCAACUAAGUUUUACUCAGAUUAGACCUGUUGAAAUUGCCAUAUUCUGAAAUAACUGAGGUUUCUGAUUGAUUUUCAAAAACAGCCUUUUGUGAAACACAUUACAGUAAUUAACUCCACAGGCAUCUUUUUAUCCUUGGCAGUAACCCUGGAAGGACACUAUGCCAUGAUGGCCAUGACGCUGACCCUUCCACAGUGUCAUUGCGGGGUGGGGCAGGAGGUGAAAUGGCCUUGGAGCAGAUUAAAAGUGCUGCUUGUCAUCGAAACAAAAAGAAAAAACAGAAGCAAAGAGAAGGACAGGGAGCAAAGCCUCUGUUUUUGAACAUUAAACUUUCAGCACACCACUAGCACAAAAUUAAAUUGCCACAUAACACCUUCAGUACUUCCUUUAAUUACUAAUAAUGUCCAGAAACAAGCUAAUACUGGAAAAGAGCUCAUACUGGGAAUCAUGUUUGCAAUAGUUUGAGGGAUUCUGCUCUAGGCCUGGAGUGAGCAUUUCCCCUUUGUCAUAAGUGGUGGCUGCUUCUGACAGUUCCUCCAAGAAAGGAGCCAAAAAUAACAUGCUGUGUUGUUGCCUGCAGGGACUUGGUACAGCUAGCGAAAGCUGCAGUCAGUGGAGAUGAGAAGGCCCUGGACAUGUUUAACUGGAGAAAAUCUGGGAUGGGAAUGCCUCUGAAAAUGGGACCUCAAGAAGGGCUGUCCUUCUUCAUCAGUGUGACAGAUGGUACGGAAACUGCUGUAGCCUGGUGGGAAAAGUCACUUUAUUGAGGCUUUCUUUGCCUAUACAUUGUGAGGAGGUAAAAAAAUAAAUAAAUCUGAAAGGAAUGGUUUGGAUGAUCUUUCCAGUCCAAUUUUCUCCAUUCUUAUGUUGAAAGAUAUCAGUAGAUCCUCCUUUUUCCAAGUUCUAUUUUCUUAGACAAAGAUCAUUUGUGGAAACAGACUUUGUGACUGAAUUUAUUGACUGUAUAAUAGUAUUUGUUAAACUGUAUCAUAUUUGAUUUCUUAAGAAUACAGUAGUAGUAAAAUUGAGAUUAAAGGUGCAGUACAGUACAGGUUUGCAGGAGAAUACUAACAAGGUGAAAGUGUUGCACCCCUGCCACUAAAGUACUUUCCUCAGACUUGCUUCUAUCCGACUCAACUUUACUAUACCAUAUUCUGUUAUUUCCUUUCUGAAGAAGAAAAGGACAUCGUAAAAAGGGGCCUCUAAAUCUUGCAUGAUUUAAAAACUCAUUUGUACUGCUUUCCAUGUGAUUGGGCUAUGUACCUCCAAAUUAGCCCCAGUAAGAGAUACAAGAUGCCACAAUAUUGGUUUUGUCUACAUCUUAUUGCUGCAUGCCAAAUGAGAAUAGCACUCUUUUUUCUUUUUUGCUUUUGACAAAACCAAUAUUGUUGCAUCUACCUUCGCUUAUUGUCUCUUGGUUUGUAGGUGCACAGCCCCACCUAGUGGUAAGCAGUAGAGGUAUAUCUUUAAAUCAUACAAUUUUUGCCUUUUCCCAUACCUUUUGUGGGCCAAAACAAGGUAAAGGACAGAGGAAAAUUGCCCAUCUAGUUCAGCAUCCUCUUCUCGCAAUGCCCACCCAUCUAUGGGAAACCUUCAAACAGGACCCGAACAUAAGUGCACUCUGCCUUCUUGUGGUUUUCUGCAACAGGUUUUCAGUAGCAUUACUGGCUCUGACUGUGGAGGCAGAGCAUAGGCAUCAUGGCUAAUAGCCAUUGUUAGCCUUCUCAGUGAAUAUGUCCAAUCCUUUUUUAAAGCCAUCCACAUUUGUGGCCAUCACUUCCUCUUGUGGGAGCGAGUUCCAUAAUUUAAUUGCACUGUGUGAAUAAAUGUUUCCUUUUAUCUGUUCUGAACCUUCCAACAUUCAGCUUCAUUGGAUGUCUACAGGUUUGUGUUAUAAGGGACAGCUGCCUCUUGGGGGGUAAGGGAGAGCUAUUUCACUUCUCUAAAAUCUACAUGUUGGUCUCCCACCAUUUACGCUGUUGAUAUUGAAAGUGAGAAAUACCCAUUUCAGCACUAUCCUACCAUCUCUUUAUGGUGCAUUAAUUUUUUGCUGCCUUUUGUUUUCAGACCCUAUAUGAGUUUUGUCCUCAUAUUAACACAGCUCUUGUAAACUUUCCAGGUGAGCCUUUGUGUGGUUCUGCAGUGAAAGCUUUAUCUACAGGGCAAUGAAAAGCCCCAAACAUCCCGUACCUCUAUACUAAUAAAGGAUCUUGAAACAGUGGGUGGUCUUGCAUAAUGAUAUUCAGCACUUUGUAUUGCAGUAUCCUGGCCACUUAGAACUUUCAAACAAACCAAGCCUGAAAGUCCUGGAAUCCUAAUCAAAUUAAAGCUUUUACAAUGGUGCUCGACUCACCUAGGCUUUUCAGUCAUUUUAAUUGCCUUUUUUUGUUUUUUGUUUUUUAGAUCUCUGAUUAAAAGCUUUGAAUCUCUCUAUAGGAGCUUUAUGCAAGUGGGGGGCCACUCUGUAGUUGUACUGGCCAUCAGUACAGGGAAUUACUUUGCGUUUAGAAUUUUGCUUGUAAAUGUUUUCUCUGUGUUGUUGUGUUAAGGGUACAAAAAGUAUAGUUGUUCCCUUUGUUUGUUUUGAGAUUUCUUUUUAAUCCUUUUCAAGAACCAUUUAGCUUCAGAACCCUUUCUGGUGUCAAAUUGUGAAGAAGUAAACAAAUAUUUUAAAAAAUAACAAUUUCCUGUCAUACAUGGUUCUUUUAAAACCUGUUUGCAAGGUGCUUUGAUAUUCCUUAACUAAAGCAGUCGAAAUAAAUUAAGGAAUUAAAAAAUUGUCCAGUAGCACCUUAGAGACCAACUAAGUUUGUUCUGGGUAUAAGCUUUUGUGUGCAUACACACUUCUUCAGAUACCUUAACUAAAGCAGUUAGCAUAUGAGGAACACAUAUGCUUUUAAACUGUUUUAAGCAUUAUGUUUAACUAUUAUAACCCACCCAGGUCCUUAGGAUGAAAAAACCCCAAUAAUAAUAAUAAUAAUAAUAAUACAUUUUAGAUAUGUCCUUAAAAUUCCUUAGCUGUACAUUUGUAAAAUAAAUAAAAUAAAAUAAAAUUGUAGUAAGCUGUGGAUAGAAAUGUUUUUGUAGAUAUGUGUAUCCUACAGGAAGAUGUGAAUGGUUAUAGCUCCCUGUUGUUCACUUGAUAAUAAAUUCUGAUUUCCCUUUGUGUAAUGCAUGAACCAACCUUUGACAAGUGCCUUAUAAUAAUGUUUGACAAGAACAUAAUAAUGGUUCACACUUUCCCAAACAGGAGGCAUUAUUGGGUACCUUUUCUACUUUUUUUUUGCUUGGAAGCAUAGCAAAGUAGAUUAUACAGGUAGGAAAAAGGCAGGUGGCAUUAAUGUUAAAUCAGUGCCAGCCUGCUUUAAGAGCUUUGGAUCUUGACCAGCACAGAAGAGCAAUUCCUAUUGUACUGUUGUUGUUUCCCCCCACUAACCUCCAUUCUGGUAAAUUGGUGUGAUGCAUUUCAACAACUUGCAAUAGUCAAUAUCUGUCAGGACUUACUUAGUGUUCCCUUGAAAUGACUUGGCUAUACUAAAACCAAGGGAGAAGCCUGUUUUGUCAUAUAGUAUUAUAAGUCUGUGGCAAUAUGGAUACUGAGCAAAAUAAGCUUGAUCCUGUAUUACUUUUUAUUUAAGCUGGGUGUAUUUUCUAGGGUGUAUUUUGCUUCUGUAACAAUAUUAUAAUGUACCAGAAUGAAACAACCUUGAUUUCAUUGCAGGAACUGUGCAUUAUGUGAACGAGAGGGGGAAAACGAGCCAGGCAUUGACCACAGAGAGUUCAGUCCAAAAGCUGCUUUUCAUGGAAAAAGAUAUAUUGGUAGUAAUAACGGAGACUCUCCUCUUAUCUCUUCACAAAAUUUCUCUUGAAGGAGAAGCAGAGGAGGUCUUGAAGGUAGGCACCGCGGGCUGUAUGAUAACAUCAUUUAAAAGAGAAAAUUGAUUCUUUGGUUUUCUGACUAGUCUGCAGGCUGCACAAAAGAAUCUUGAAGGCAACUUAUUGUACAUUGUGGAAAUCAGGAUUCCAGAUGCUAGUUGAGCAUUUGAAGUGUUCUCUCUUUUUGAACAUUCUUGCUUAAAACAGUGAGUCCGCUGAGCUACACUGCACUAGGUUGGAGCCAUGUAUUUCAGCUGGCCAUGAACUUUAAGAGAGGACACUUAGUAGUACGGUGUAUGUCUUACAUGAAGAAUGCUCCUUGGUGAGGUAGCAGGGCUGGGAAAGACCCCUGUUGGUCUGAGCUGCUACCAGUCAGAGAAGACAUUGGCCUAAUUGGGACCAAUGGUCCAACUCCAUAUUAAGACAGCAUAAAACGUUCAGUGUGUAGCUGUCAACAAAACACUUACCCUAAAUUGGAGCAACAGGAGGAUGUCCCCACUUGCUUCUGCAAGUGUAGAACUGUCCCUGACAGUGAAGCAAAUGAGGAAUCAUCUGCUUACAAGGAAUCUCUGUGUGAUUUGGGCAGGGUUUUUCUCAGCCUUAUACCCUUAGUUGUGAAAUGACAGCAAUUGCUGACUUUCAUAGGAAGUAUUGUUAUGAAGAUAAUAGCUGUCUUAAUCUGUCACAGGAAAAACAAAGUCUUGUGGUUCCAUGAGGAUUAAAGAUAUUUAUUGCUGCAUAUGUUUUUGUGAACUAGAGUCUACUUUGUCAGAUGCAUCCUGUAAUAAAUUUGUUAGUUUUUACAGCACUGUAAGAUUCUUUGUUGUACAAUUGUCUGACAACUGUAAGCAAACCGACAUUGAUACCUAAAAACAUACAUUCAAGCCUUAAAAACAUGAGCUAUCUGAGAAGUAGCCUCAUUAUUUGCCAUGAUUCCACCCCAAGCCCAUUGCUGCCAAGUAAUACAAAGAGAUUACCUUGUGUUUUCAAUACUGUUUCCUUGCAUAACUUAUUAUCAGGUGAAGCUGAGUGGAAGAAUGGGUCAUUCCGCUGAUAUCAUUUUGAUUGACCGUAGCCUUCUUAUAGCAGCAACAGGUGAAACAGUUCUUAGGUAAGAAAACUGGCAAGGGGGGCUUGGCUUAGUACCAGGUUGUGGGCUGUGUUGCUGUUUAGAUACUAUGUCAUUUUUCAGAUAAAUUUCAUUGAACAGUGUCUUUAGCCUGAUUGUGAACCAUUUGCCCCCAUUUUAAAGGGUCGCCAUAUUGAGGGCCAAUAAGAAUGUGAGCUGCAGACUCAACAAAUCUUGCCUAUGCCACACACUUGCUAGAUGGCUUUAGGAAAGCCUCUUAUCUUCAACCUCUGCCCCCCAAAUAUGUGAAUAAUAAUGCUGUUCUAGCUUGUGGAUUUCUCAUAAGGGUUACUGGGAGAAUGUAUGUGAAGGCCUUCCUUCAAACAUUUGAAAUGUGCUAUGAAAAUGCUGCGUAGUGUUGUUGUUAAAAGGAUUAUAGCAGACUUCCCAACCUGGUGCACUCCAGAUGUUGGAUUACAAUUCCCAUCAGCUCCAGUCACCAUGUCAGGCUUUGGGAGCUUGGCUUCCUCCCCCCUUGGCCGUAGAUAAGCAGUACAAAGAGAAAGCAGUCUCUUACCAGUAACAAAAAUGCUUAAUGAAUGCAACAAAAGAACAAGCGACCAUUCUCAGAGUGCAGGUGCUCCUAAUUAAGGUUCUUCCCACUUCCCUCUAGUCACUUCCGUCCUCUCGUCUCCUAGCAACCUGAUUUCUCAGCCAUUGAGCCUUUUGCGAAGCCACCUUAUCUAAUCUCCUAGCCUUGGGUCUGAGAGGAUGUACAUCUUCCAGUGAGAGAGACUCUGCUAUCUCACUCUCUUCCCUUUCUUCUUAUUACUGUUCUGCCCAACUACUAUCUUCCAAACUGUGACCCUCAGCAAACCACUGUUCCAAAUCAACACUCCUCCACUGCUCCUGUGGAGUUUCAGGAUCCUGGCCAUGAGCAGGGGUAGGGGUAGGCUCCCACCAUUCCUCAUCAGAGUUGUACUCCUCAGCCUGGUCUCUGACACACCAUGGCAAUGGAUAGGGAUGGUGAGAAUUGUAGUAGCCCGCCCCCCCCCGCCAAAUGUGGAGAGCCCCAGGAUAAGGCAUAGCAAUCCAGGAUAAGGCACAGUAUGCCAUUAUAGUGUGUUCUACCAUUAGCUGUUACUUCCCUGGAGCAGUGCUAAGUGAGACAAGGAGGACUUCAUUGUGCGUAAAGGUUGCUACAAAAGAGCAGAAGCUACACCAAAAAGGCAAAUGUGGAGGAGAAAAGCUGAGGGCAGGAUCUGUGCCUGUGGCCAGCUUGUUGACAAGGUGAUUUAUUAUCUACCCUCCUCUGUACUUUCUCUGUAGGUUCUGGGACUUGGAGAAAGGUGAGAACUAUGUGCUGGAUCUGGAUGAGCAGCUUGGGUUUGAAAUAGGAGAGUGCCUCAACUGUGUUUCCUUUUGCAAUGCUAAAGGUGAGGAAGAACUUUCGUUGACUUCUGAUGACCCAAUUAUUCAAAUUUUCAGUCCCAUGGCAUUCAUUCAAUUACACUCUGCUUGGCUGAGAGUUAUCUAUUGAAAUUGCUAUGAAAUUUAAAUGUAACUUGCUUAUAUGUAGUAUAAAUGUGACUGGAGAACUGAGCUACUGGAAUAAUAAUCCCUAACAGAAUGAAGGAGCUUGGAAAAUAAACAUAUGAAUUGUAAAACAGAGGAAUUUUUAGGUAGGACAUGCGCCUUCACACAUAGAUUAUUCCUUGGCCUUCCACUUCUAAAGGCUCGGUGCAGGUGACAGGGCAGCAAUACAUUACUGCUACCAUUAAACUGUAUUUUGUGCCAUUUGGACACUGAAAGCUGUUCAGAAUCUGGAAGAAAUAUAUGGCCAGGCUGGCAAAGAAGCCAGAGAUAGGUGCUGAGCAGUGGGGAGAACUGAAAGGCAAUAGGAGGUACAGAUACUUUUAAUACACUUCACUGAUCAAUUUCCCCCUAACAUCCCAAGCCACUGUUGGAGACAGCAUUUGUGCUGUGUGCCAGGCAUUCAAGUUUUACCAAGAGCUAUGGAGUGUUCUUAGUCCUGAAUACAGAUUCAAGUUAUUUGUACAGUGUGUGACUUACUAAAUUAAAUUCGGCCAGCUUAGUAUUGUGUGUGGCUGCCACUCUUGUCUCCUUCAAUGUUAAAACUGAAAUCCUUUGUUUCUCUACUUCUCCUACCCUUUUCUUCCAAGUUGUACAUCCUCCCUAUAUCUCCCUCAAUCCUUUCUUCUUUUCAUCACCCCACAUCUCACUCUAGGGUUUUAUUACCCUGUUGUCCUUGUCUGGCUCCUCUAUAUGCACCUUUCAUUUUUACAACUUGUUGCUAGCUUCCCUGCCAUUGCCACAUCUGUAGAGAAAAGCUGAUUACUUUUCUUGGGGAUUCUUCUUACAGUGCAUACACUAGGCAAAGGUUUACAAGGCGGUGGGGAACUUGUUCCCCCCCCAGGUGUUGUUGGAACUCACAACUCCCAUCAGUGUCAGACAGCAUGGCCAGGAUGGAUGAUGGGAAUCAUAAUCCAACAACCUCUUGAGAGCCACAGGGUUCCCAUCCCUUUCCAAACGCAAGUUGUGUUAUACAGACUUGAUUUCUUAGACUAGAGCGUGACAGAUUGUUGGGUUUUAUAUAGUCCAAUAUAAAUGAUGAUGAUGUUGCCCUGAUCAGAAGAGUGUGGUGUAUUUUGCAGGUCUCCUAUCAGCUGGCACCGACAGAGGGAAGAUAGCUAUGUGGAGGAAAGUGGCAUCCCCUUCCCAAAGCACUUGCUCACAGGAAGCCAAGGACAGCUGGAAGCUUCAAGCACCUACUGAGCUUGAGGGGAAUAUAAUUCAAAUACAGGUAAAGCAGUGAAUAUAUUCCUUUCUACUUUUUUGUUUAUUUAGGUGUAAUAGUGUGUACCAUGGAGGAUGCGUUCAACAGUAAGCAGGUUUGGUGCACAGAUUAAACUGCCUGAAACAGGCUGCUGCCACCCUUCCUCCUUGCUCUUCUCUCCCAACCCCUAUUUUAAGUAGGUAUGCAUAUAUAUGAUUGCAUGUCCAAUUAUAGUAGAGUAGGGCCGGACUCUCGUGGGGCAGAUGUGUGCCUCUGAUUUCUGUAACUUUUAUGAAUCUUGCUGGUUUCCCCUCCCGACCUAUUUGGCACAUUGGUUUCACUUGACUCAUGGUUCCUGAAUCACUUGCAAAAGGACACAUCUGUACAUUUCCCAGUCCUCCCCAACUGUCUUUAAAAAUUAUUUCACAGAGGACAAAAACCAUGACAAAUUUUUGUAUCUGACAAGAUUUCAUGAGCUGACAACUAGUUUUUCAUCAAAAUUCCAUUAGAUAUAUCCUUCCACAUAAGAGGAGUUUUGUAAGCUAUAGAAGUCACAUCAUUCAGAGGUAAAAUUAAAACAAUUUGGGAACUGCUUUCAAAAUUUCUAUACACUCUGUCAUAUCAGAAGUUACAGUAUUAACCAAUCUUGCCCAGUUGUGCUGCCUUGAGUAUGAGCUGUAAAAGAGAGCCCCUCCAUACUACUAGAUAGCGGGGAACCUGUGUCUCUCCAGAUGUUUCUGAACUACAACUCCCAUCAUCCCUGAACAUUGACUAUGCUGUCUGGCACUGAUGGGAGUAGGAUGUCUAGAGAGCCAUGAGUUAAUUUGUUUGUUUAUUAUUUAUACCCCGUCCACCUGGCUGGGUUUCCCCAGCCACUCUGGGCAGCUCCCAACAGAAUAUUAAAAACAUGAUAAAAGAUCAAACUUUUUUUAAAAUGAAUCCAUGGGUACAGAUGUUGCUUCAGCAGCAGUCAUUCUCAGACCAAGCUUUAAGUAGGAACUACAGCUCUAUCUCAAUAGCUAGCUCUGCUUUUGUUGAGAGGAGCCUCUUGAUUUAAAGGGGUCCAACCUGCUUUAGCACUCAUUGACUCUCAUGAAGCAGACGAGACUGUAAUUGUGCUAGGACUUCACUCAGGAAUCCCCUAAGUCAAAGAAGGGCCAUGUGACAUCCUUGCGUGGGUCAGAGGGGUAGUGGCAGCACAGGCUCUUCUUGUAUCAGUGCUUCCAGUUGGUUAGGUGCUCCUGGGGCUGGCCCAGAAGCCAAUUCCCAUUCCAUUCCAAAUCCACAAGCAUGAAAACUGCUAUAGAAUUUUGAACUUCACUGAGUUAACAUUUUAAAAAAGAAAUAAUGUCAGUGGUAUUCGCUUUUUGCUCAUGCUUUUUUAAGAAUCUAAUGCUGUAGUUCAAAUGCAUUGUUUUAAUUUUCUAAUUUAAAAUGAGUUUCUUGUACUUAAUCUCUCUUUCUUCAUAUUGUUUCUAGUGGGGAUCCAAAAAAAAUUUGUUGGCUGUAAACACAGGCAGCUCUGUAGCAAUCCUUAAUGAACAGGCAAUGUUGUCACACUUUCACCAGCAAGUGGCAGUGGUGCAAAUUUCACCAAACCUAUUCAACAUUACCUCCUUCAGCACAGGAAUGACUGACAACCUUCGCAUUGACAUGCACGUGAAUGGAGUGUGUUGUACUAAGGUAACUUGCAUCACUGCCAAUAGAUUUUCUUGUCAGGUUGGGGUUCUUUGUGGGGGGAUGGAAAAUAUGUUGUUUGUUUAUUUUAAAAAAAUGGAUGCAGAGCAGCAGUGAUAAUGGAUGCAGCAGCCAGUAAAGCACAUACUGUGCAGGCAAGUACAGCUAAACAAAAACACAAUACAUGAGAUGAAGCCACCAGAGUUAACUACCAAAACUUAGAGUAGACAGGACAGACCUAAAGGAUAACUACAAAUGUUUCAGGCAGACCUUCCUUGGGGUUCCCACAGUUGGGUUAGAAGCCCAGGAAAGGCCCUCUCUUUGGUAGCUACUCUGAUAAUUCUGCAAGCAAGGAUACCUGGAGGAGGGACUCUAAUUAUAAUCUCAGCUGUUUGGCAAGUUCAUAUAGGUUCAGACAGCACUCUGUUAUCACCUUUUGUGCAAAAACAAAAUUGCAAGGUUUUCCUCAAGAGAGAAGGGGCAUAUGACAGUCAACUGCUAUAGCAAGGCUUUUCCACCCUCCAAAUCCCAACCUCCUUCUGCUGUUGCCUGUAGGGAGGAAAAUUACCAUAGGGUUUUCCUAGCCCCCUGAUGUUAACAUAAAUAUUUACAUGGGUGCAGAGGGGAGUGGAUUUGAAUCUUUGUUGCUGUUGCAUGACAUCUAAACAAGUCUAGCAGUUCUCUGUAUGGGUGUAACAUCCUUUCCUAGCAUCAAGAUGCAGAACACCUUCACUGCUUUCUUACUGUCUUAGUCUGAAGAAGCUCAUUUGUAUUCAUUUUACAUAUUUACUGUCAGAUUAAUCUGGUAUAAAACUUCCCCCCCAUCUCUCUCUCAUAAUAGUAUAAGAAUAUUCCAUGAAAACAUUCUUUUUAAAAAAAUUCUGGUUUUAAAUCCCCAUAGAGUCAUCUCCUGAAUUUCCAUUGCUUAUAGAACAAAAUAUAUGUAAUAGAAAAUAGGCCUGCCAUUCAAACAAGUUAAUUGCCACAACACUGCAAUUUAUUGAUAAAUUAGUCCUGGGUUGCUAGUAGUAAAGGGUGGUAGCAUUUAGCAAAAACUGGUUUUAUCUAUUUUCUGUUUGCAAAGCACAAGUUUUAAGAUGCAUUUUUUAAAAAUUCUAUGGCAAACCUUAGGAUGCUGUAGCAUUCUGGAAUGGAAAGCAAGUUGCUAUCUUCGAACUCUCAGCUGCCACUGCACGAAAUUCAGGUAAGAUGAAGGGACUUCAGAGUAACUUGUGAGUGUGGAUGUUGGAUGCAAAGUACCCUGAGGAUGUUUAUACAGCCAAAGUAUGUAUGUAUGUAUGUAUGUAUGUAUGUAUGUAUUUAAUAUUUACAAUCCAUCCUUUCUCUAUGGUGCUUGUUGGGGUUUUUUUUGCCUUGUGAUGUAGGCUGUGCUGGAAGGUAGUGCUUUUCCCAAGACUACUUAGUGAUGAGUGGAGAUUUUCCACAUCCAGACUCAGUACCUCUCCAUAUACAGUCUUCUUAUCUAUAUUCUAUAUUCUAUAUUCUAUAUUACCAGUUUGCACAAUAUAAAUGGUGGCCCAGGGAGGCAGCAGAGUCAUAAAAGUAUGCAGAAUAUAAUUACCAAAGACUGAGCACGUGAAUUCACUAUGUUCAGGAGGCUGCAUCCCUGGUGCUCUUUUUAUUGGAUCUGGUUAAAAAGCAGGCAUUGUAUGUUUUAUAAACUCUGAAUAGUAUUGAAGUCAAGUAGGUGCAGUAAGAUCCAAUAUUCUUUCCUGCCCAUGCUACCUUAGGAGCCUUAUUCAAUAUGGUGCCGAGGAAGUAUCUGGAAAGACUUUCUGUAGUGCAGUUUGCUGUACUUAAAAAUAUAGCCUCAUUUACAUUUUUACAUUUGAUCUUGGAUGGAAUUAAUCCAUGAAAGACAAGGUAGGAGAAAAGUAGUGAUCAUUUUCUGAGUGCUACACUGAUCGAUGGAAGAAUGUGAUGAUGAUUAAUUGGAAAUUACACAUAUUUUAUGGACCAUAUGGAUGGAACUCUUAACUGUUUCUUUCAAUAGGUUGUGAUUGUAAUGGAGAAGUUCUCUCUUAUGUGGUUCCAGGUUCUUUCCCUUGUGAUUCCCCCGUGCUGGCUAUGCAUGAAGAAAAUCUUUACACAGUUGAGCCAAAUCGUGUUCAAGUUCGCACCUGGCAGGUAAGCAAGCCAAUUUUUAUGUGAGGAUGAUUGCAGGUGGCUGCCUCACGAAGAAGGGUGGCAGGGCGACAUUUGGUAGCAGAACCAAAGGCAGUCUUACCAAUACAAUCAGGCCAGUUAACAGUAAUGUCAUUGUUUAUCCUUCCUGCCAAACCUGCUUACAUAAAAGUGGCAAUGAUUAGAUCAGAAAGGCGCACUUGGCAGCCUAAUCCUGUGUAGAGACACAGAGGACCACAAAAAUUAAUUAAAAAUGGCCUUUCCCCUUGAUCUCUGCCCUAUCCAACAUUUUUCCUCAACUGGAGGAAAUAGCUUGAGGGGAAGAACUAUCUAAUUUUUCCAGUUUCUUCCCCCACCCCCAUUUCAUUUCAUUUGUGUGCUAUGGUUCCCUGUAAAACUGAGGUAAGAAACCUCCAAAUUUUCUUGGACUCCAAUUCCCAUCAGUCACAACUGGCAUGGCUAGUGGUCAGGGCUCCAUCAGGAGGAAGGGCAGGAUAUAACUCGAAUAAAUAAAAUGUAAGGGAGUUGUAGUUCAGUGACAUCUGAAAGGCGUCAGCUUCCCCAUCCCUAGUGUAGCAGAAGAAGUUAAGUGCCAGACUCCCAUGCUGGGACAGUGGAAUACUUCAUAAUUUGUUGUUUCUUUCCUGUGAGUGUGUGUGCUGAUGACACAUAACAUUCAGACAUCUAUUUUGGAAACUGGGGCCCCAAAUAUUUAGAUAGAUAGAUAGAUAGAUAGAUAGAUAGAUAGAUAGAUAGAUCCUACAGUUAAUAUGUGAUGUUAAAGUUUCAGAUUGGUAGAACUGGACAGUUGUGGAGGGUAACUUUUUUCUUUUCAAACAUUUUGAUGCCUUUGUUAGAUAGGGCGCUGUGGGUCUACUUGGUAAUGAGUCAAAAUGGUCUUUUGUGGUAAUAUAUCAAUGAAAGGAAAGUGAUGGUUUUAAAGUUGCUGCUCUUUUUCUCUGCUAGGGCACUGUAAAGCAGCUGCUGGUGUUCUCUGAAUCUGAAGGGAAUCCAUGCCUCCUGAGUGUCUGUGGAAAUUUCUUGACUGUGGGAACAGACCUGGCUCACUUUAAAAUCUUUGAUCUUUCUCGCAGGUACAAACAAACAAUUAAUGGAACUUGAUUAUAUAUCUUUUGGUUCCUUUUUAAAUUUAAGGUUCAUUGAAACAUUAUUCUUGACAUUAAAAUAUGAGGGGUAGAUUUUUGCUGUUUUAUAGAUUUAUGUAAUGAAUAAAAACUGAAUUUCUUAAGAAUUACAAUUGUGUAGCAGAGAUGACCUGUAGUGACUCAGAAUUUGCAAGAGGCUUCAGACAUUAUCAUGAUCAUAGAUCAUUCUGUUUGUAUUAAAAUAUGGCUCAAGUAUAAUUUCAUGAUUCAGCAUGUAGAACUUUGGUAGAUGCUGAAUUUUUUGAAACUUCUAAGGUAUGUCAGGCACAGUACUGGUUGUGUCACAUACUUUUUGGUGUGUUCUGUGAUAUCUCUUUUAUACUUGUAGUGCAGAAGUUGACAUGGUUGCGCUUGCUAGCAUAGAGCAGGCAUGCAGAGUUUGUGUGGGAAGGAAAGAACUUGUAAUUCCAUCUGGUAUGAUAUUGACUAAUAACAUAAUGAGCCAUUUUCUUCCUCACUGUGGAUUGCUCCUCAAAGAUUACUUAACAUGUGGAUAUCAUUGCUUUGUAGGAGAAUGGGACGUAUGCCAAUGCUUCUCAUAAAUACACAUUAUAUGUUUUGCCAAGUAUUGGCACAAUGGGAACCUGCAGUUAGCCUCAGUGAACUUUGCUCUGCGUGUGCAGAGCAAAAAAAGUAAUCGCACAUGAGGAUACAUGCUGGCUUCUUACAAAGAAGCGAGGGUCGUGUGAGAAAUUAAUAUAUGAAAUGACUCACAAAUGAGCCAGAAAUGACUCUUGUGGUUACCAAAAAGGCAGCUAUCUUAAGACCAAAUUGUAUUACUAGGAGGAUUUUAUUAUGAUGCACAUAUUCCCAUAAUUUUGGUGAAGAGCUUGCUCUUGUUGAGCAGACUGCCCUAACUGCCUCAUCUCCCCCACAGGGAGGCAAAAGCACACUCGAGUAGCAAGGCCCUGGGUGAUCUGGUUCCAGGCGCUAGUGGGAUUGCAUCUGUAAAGUGUAACGCAAGUGGCAACAAAGUUAGCAUCCUCAUCAACAAGGUGAGUCUGGACUGUCCCUUGCCUGUGACUAAAACCUGAAUGGGGCAUGGAAUGGCUAGGCCAACAAUGAAUCUCUUGUUGGGACGAAUCUGUGAUCAGUUUAUUACAGACUGCGUUCAAGCCAUAGCUUGAUGCUCUGUGAACUACCUAUGUGCAUUCGUGUUCUGAUUUCUCAGCUGAUUUAUUGGGAAACCAUGAUUUGCCUGCAAACCAGGACUAGCACUAAACCAGGAGAAAUGGAACACACAAGGGAUUGAGGGAGCAGGCAAACACAAAAGUUCAUUCACAUAACACUCAGCCAUGGCUUGGCACCACAUCUGAACCAACUUUACCAAAAUGCAGCCAUCUGCACUAAAUUGCCAGUAUCACACUGCAGGACAAACAGCUACAGGUUCCAUACUUCCAUACAGGUUCCAUCACUAGUGUGAUUUUAGUGCAAGCUUCUACAUGGAGUCCAGAAUGUUAUAGAAUAGAUUUCUCCCAUGCCAUGCUAUUCUGGAUUGCAAAGUACAAUGUUUCUUUGGAUUAUUUCUUCAACUCUGCCAGUUCUGUAGAUGCUGGAGGUACAGGCAGAAACCAAAAGCUGGUGUUAAUAUAGGUUUGACUUUUCAAAUAAACUCCACUGUUUAGGUAGAUAGAUAGAUAUGCACACACACAUAUCACAAGCAUAUAUUAUAAUGGGUAAAUCAAAUCAAAUAAAUUUGUGCGUUAUGCACCUUAAAACAAUGGUAAUUCAAGAAUCGAUGUGAUUUGAGGAACUACUUGACCAAGUUUGAGAACACCUAGAGAACCAUCUUGACUGCUUUGUAAAUUUCUUUUUUCUUGCUCUGUUUCUUCCAUCCCAGAUUGUUUUUUAUUAAUCUUCAGUUUUAUGAACCAUAGUGACUAUAAUGAGACAAUUAGGCUGUCUUUUCCUGUUCAACUUCUCUUAUUUAUACUUCUGUAGGCUGAUGGGAGUCUUGACUCCAAGAUCUGUCUCUAUGACAUUGAAAUGGACACAGUCACUCUGUUUGAUUUCCAAUCUGGGCAACAGAAGGAUGCCAGGGAGAUGAUCUCCAUUGGACAGGAGGCUGAAGGGUGAGAAUGCUUUUUGAGCCUGAGGUGGAGGGAGAGAUUAUUGAUGUGAAUUAAUUAAUGAGAGUGGAAAAAACAUUAAUUAUUUGCAUAAGCUCACCUGAAGACUUCUUUAUAGACCACUUAGAAGUUACACAGUACAGCCUGUACAUUUCUUAUUUACUCUUUGAUAUACUAUAGUGUGUGUGUCCGCACACACGUACAUACGCUCUAUACUAUACUAUACUAUACUAAACACAACCCCUUGUGGAAUGGCUCUGUGAGAAGUCUUCUGCUAGCUCUUGUGCAAGAGUUCACAGAACAGCACUAAUAUUUUUUCCUCACAAAAGAGAUAAAGGCUCCUAGUCUUUUGAAAAGCCUCACAAUAUUUGCUGUUAUGCAGCUGGGCAUAAUCAGUUCAGUUUAUCAAUUAAUGCUAAGCUCCAUGUCUUCUUCCCAUGGUACCAGUUGUUUUGGCUGCUAAGGGUGGAGCAUCACCUUAUAGAGGUAACUGUAGCACUUCCCAAUAAAACUAAUGCUCUGUGCAUUAUAUUCUGUUCCCAGUCCACUGGCAUGCUUCCCUUCCUCUUGGCUUGGCACCACAAUACUAAACUGGAAGUCUCCAGGAAGCACCAUGAUAAAGUAGCAAUGAUGUGGCAAGGAAGAAUGCCAUGCCACCAUUCUUUUAGGGUGGUGUACAUAGUACCAUUCAUGCAAGACAUGCUGCAUUUUCUGUCAUUAUUUCUACUUUACCUGUAUUAAUGUGUGCACUGGUUCCCUCCCUCCCUAAUUUUUUUUUUUUACUGCUCCUGUCAUUCCGUUUGUUUGUUUGUUUGUUUUCAUUUCUGCUGGCCAGUAGUUGUUGUUUGGGAGAGGAUCUGUCUAUAAACCUUACGUAAGUAUCAUCAGCUAGAACCACCAAAAUUCCUAAUUAUUUAGUUGGAUUUGGAGUCUGCCUUAUUUGGCUUAUUGUUUUGCAUUAUAGCACUGCUGCUAUACUCACCCAGCGGAGGGAGCUUAAAGCUGCCUCACACAAGAAUAAGCUGUUAUGAACAACAAUCUAUAGUGUUUGAUAUUAAUGCCAUGUAGGGAUGGAUGAAUCAGUUUCACUUUCACAUAUGUUCACCUAUAAGAUCAUUAUGUCCUGUUUCUGCAUUACUCUGUUCUUUAAAAAAACUGCACAGAAAUCUGCAGCUAGUCAAGUUUUUAUUGGCACUUGUUUUGUUGCUGAUAGUUGGCUUUAUCUAUAAUUUUAGUUUUUAUUUUCUCUUAUAUUAAUCACUAUGAUUUUAGAAUUGCUUUCAGUGCUGCUUUUGAUUAUGGUUUUAAAUGGAAAUGUAGUUUAUAAACAUUUAAACCAUCCACCAGGGGUCACUGUAAAACUGGAUCUCCUGUUUACCAAUAUUCAGCAUCAUUUUCAUGGUGUUUAUAGGGGAGGUGUGUUCCCAUCCAGUCUUUCUCAUCUGUACACACUAACCCCAAUUGGAAUUUGGUGGGCCUCAUGUUCUCAUGAGUUUCUGGAGAGAGUUGAUUAAAUAAGGUGGCCCUACAUGUUGGCUUAUUUCUUUUCUCCCUCUGGAAUAUGCAUUUAUUGCUGUGGUUCUAUCAUUUAAUUGUAAGUGCUUGCACUCUUAAUGAGUUGGCAUCGGGCUGUCCUGUCCUCAGCAAAGAUGCCCAUGGGGCAAAGGAGGCUUUUAGUUGCAGCACCAUGGAGAGCUGCAGGUGAGCAGCUUUCAGUCCUUGAGUCUUAAGAAUGGACUAAAGCCAUUUAUGCCUUCAGGAGCAGUUCACCCUUCCUCCAGAAGUGGCAAUAGAGCCUAGCAUGCCGCCUCCUUCCUGAAAAGUCUCUCCAAGCACAUUGCCUGCCUUGACAGGUUGAAAUGGGGAUGUGGGUUCCUGAUUCAGAUCCCCAAUGGGUGCAGAAUCUCAGGGUAUGGAUUGUGCAGGUCCCAGCUCAGGCUUCAGGGAUCCCUGGCUCAAGAACCCCUGAUCCAAUGGACUUGAACUGUGAAUUGGGCCUAGACAUUAUAUUUGCUUGUUCAUUAUUGCAUUUAUAUCCCACAUUUUCUCAAUGGAGCCCAAGAUGCUGUGUACAUGAUACAUGCUGGGUGGGAUUUGCCGGGGAGAAGAGUUCUUUCUGUGUCCUGGUUCUUUUGUUAGAUUGCAAAUUUGCUGUACAUUCUACCUUAAUAAAACUAACUGAACUGUCAGUUGUCAGUAAUAGCCUCAAGGGGUAUGUAAUAUGUCUUUGAUGGCAUCUAUCACAUGUAGCAUUAGCUGGAGCUCACCUAUCUGAUUCUGUUACAGUUUCAAAUCCAGCAUAUACAGUCGUCUGGUUCUUGCUUGUUUGUCCCCCCCACCUCACCCCCCCCAAAAAAAAUCACCCUAUAUUUUGAUUACUAAUUAUGAAUGUGUUUUACAAGUAGUUGUGGUCUGGAUUUAUACUUGCGUUGUCCAUGUAGGAGAAACACCUCUGAAUAUCCAGAGCUGAGUGAUCGUAUUCCUACUAGUCACUUUUGGGAUCAAAGCGAACCAAGGCUUUUUGUGUGUGAAACAGAUCGGAACCCAAGUCAGCAGUCCCUGGACAAGAAUCAGCAAUCAGAAGAAAACUCAGUAUGUCUUUCUCCUAGUCUCCUCUGGCUUGUUGCACUGUAGGGAUUGGUUGUUGAUGUUAACUCUGUGCUCAGGGGUUUAGCUAGAAUGCUUCAGUUGGUUGCCAUGAGGAAUCCUUCUUGAAGGUCUUGAAACUUAAAAUAAAAAAGGCUGACUGUAUGAAAUCUUGUGACAGUAGCAGUUCACAUGUUGUUUAGCAUAAAUGAUUGUCAGGGUUUGAUAAUAAGGAAGGGUUCAGCCAGGAGUCUCCUCUCAGUUCCAGGAUUCAUGUAUUUUUCAUCUUCUCUUCACCUGCAGAGUGUCUAAAAGGGGGAUAAUCUCUGUGCAUGUGUAGAAUUCCAUUAUCUCUGAGUGAUCACAGCUGCCUGUGGAUAGCCUUGCCCACUUUGGGCUAUAGCCCCACCCACUGCCAGCUGCAGCCCCUCCCACCAGCAAAAAUUCAGCCUGUGGCAAAUUCCCCUGAAGGAAUGUGGCCCUCAGGAGAAAUAAUGUUCCUCAUCCCAUGUAUAAACAGAGCUAGAUGCACUAAUGAUUUAACUUGGUAUAAGCCGCUUCCUCUGUUCUGCAGUCUAAUAUAUAGCUCUGUUUUGUUUUUGUAGCUCCUCUUCAGCAAAGUGGUUGGCUUAUGUCAACAUAAAUGUUUGCAGGGGCUUCCCCUGUUGAGUGAAGAGGUGGUUUGUUCCUGAAAUACAGGACGCUUUGUUACUGUCUUUCUGGAGUGCAGGCUGAUUUGUGGGGUGAAUUUAUGAUCAGUUUAGAGAGGAUCCCUGUAACUUGGCCAUCCGUAGCAGGUGUGUGUUCUGUUGUUUAACUGAGAACUCUGCCAAGUGAAAAUGGAAAAUAAAAACAAACCGUAAAAAGGAUAUUGCUCCAUAAAACCCAAAUAGUGUUCAAUUUCCCCUUCCAGGUGGAUGUUUUGAUCGUAUCCUUCUUCUGUACUGAAGAGCAUGGGCUUUUGCUCCAUGAUCGCUUUCCGUUGCCAUCAGCCUACCGGUCUCUUUUGGGCAUGGAGGUGCCACAUUAUUAUUUUGCCAAAAAGGUAAGUGGUCAAAGAGUUUAUAAAGAGUUGAUCCUUGAAAGCUUCCCCCUUAUCUCCAUGCAGGAAACAUUUUGUUCUCUGGACCAGGUUAAGGUAAACUGAGACUUGCCUGUUAUUAUUUAUAAAGCACCUAAUAUCUUCCUGGGUGCUGUACAAAUAUUACAGCAGACUUACAAUCUAAUACACUUGCAGCCUUACAGUUUUGUACACAUGAUACAAAAGUAUAAAGAGAUAGGAAGAGAAUAGGAAAACAAGCAAAUUCAGCCUCCAGUUCAAAGUUACAUAAAACAUGAAGUCCUGUUUUUUUUUGUUAAAACAGUGGUGACUAAUGAAGGCUGUGGAGGGACAGUACAGUAAUUUAACUGUGCAGUCAUUGAUGUUUCUGUGGUGGCUGUUCCAACUACUUCUCCUUUAUGGUUUCAUGUUGACCGUAGGAGAUGAUAGCUUCUUCCACUUCAAAAUGUGCUACCUGCCAACUGCUGCCAGGUAGCACCGGAUGUUACCCCCCCUCCAAGGAGUGGGACAUUUCACCAUCUGGACAGUUGGAUAGUCUGAAUUUCUAGCCACUCCCUGGUUUCAGGGGUGACUGAUAAAGGCUCCAGGAAGAACAACAAUAUAAAUAUCCACUCUCUGGACCCUAGAGUAGGUAGGUGGAGGGGGGUCAGAUGAAAUCCUUUGGAGCUUCCAUCCAACAGCAGCAGAGGUAAUUAAGUAGCAAUGCAAAUAAGAAAUCACUAGAAAUUACAAGCGAUUUGAUUUGUUUGCACUGUUCUAUCAUUUGGGGCUCUUCAAAUGUGCAUAGAAUGACACUCUGGAAGUAGCGGAAAAAAGCAGCAUGAUCAGCCCAAUUCCAUAUGGUAUAAUCUGUUCAUAGUCCACCAACAUGCUUCCCAUCUUCUUGGUUUGCCUUUUUAACACUGAACUGGAAGUCUUAGUGAUGAUGUGACACUGAGCAAUGCCAUGCUGCCAUUUUUGAGUGACGCACAGAGCACCACUCAUACUGGAUAUGCAGUUGAUCCCCAUCUUCAUUACAAUUGAGAGCAAGACCCAGAGCAUUGGCAUUUUGGAAAUGGAGAAAAAUUAAAUCCUGUUUUGGCAAGAAUAUCUGUGAUAACAUAUUCCUUAUACAUAACUGGGGUGAAACGGCACAUCUAGAUUACAGAAGAAAGACCUCAAUAGCUGCAGUUUAGAUACUUGCCAUGCCUGAGGUUUAUAUACUCUCAAUGUAACAGAGGCAGAUUGUCUGUUUCAUUGCAUUUUCUGUCACUAUUUCUGCUUUGUCUGUUUUAUUCUUCACUCUGUCUACAUACUUUUUUUUAUUAAAUAAAAUGCUGCUCCUAUCAUUCUGUUUCUUUUUCAUUUCUGCUGGCCAAUAGUUGUUGUUUUGGAGAGGCUCUGUCUUUAAACCUUAUGUAAGUAUCAUUCGCUGGCCUUUAUUAAAUGAAUUUGCCUCCCCCACCCGGAUUUCAUUGUUUCAGUUCCUGUUACUUAAAGAUUAUGCACAAAGUCCGAGAAGGCUUAGAAAAGUAGGUUUGAUGUCAGUGAGGUGGGUGGCAUGAGAGAAAAUGCAAUACUUCAAGUCUAUGUGCGAGUGCCUUCCCUUAAUUGCAACUCACAAGUGCUUGCAAUGGCCCAGUAAACUCAAGAUUCACUGUCUAUUUCCCCCCACAUAUCUGAUGUUGUGAUAUCUUUUGUGACAUUUAAUAUGGCAUGGCCUUUUUGUUGAUACUAGUUGAUGCAUACCCUGAUUCACCCAUGUAAACACAUUACCUAAUGGCAGUUGAUGAAAAGAGAAGAAUACUUAUUGGUGAAAUCAAAGUGUGCCCCACUGGAAUUCUCAAUUACUUUGUUGCAUUUGGAGUCACCAUAGGAUUUCCCAAUAUGUGUUGUGUUGUGUUGUGUUGUGUCUUCUAUUAUCUCCUGCAGUUCAUUUGUAUCUAUUUAUUUAUAUUUGACAGUGCAUAAGCUGCAUUAUUUAUUUAUAUGUACAAGCCAUUUUUCUGCCGAAGGCCUCUAAAACAGUGUAGAAUUUACAUUAUCUUGUGAGCUGUAAAGAUGAAUGGAAGUGGGAGAAUUCUCAUAUUACAAAGUCACUGUGUUGAAGACCAUUUAAAAAGCUUCCACAUUGCUGUUGUACAAUAGUCACUUGUCCCAGAGAUUGCUCCAAAUAGCUCAACUCUUAAUUUUCCCCAAAGGGUGAAAUCUUCAGAAAGUAAAAGUGGCUGGGUUUGCAAGUUGCUAUUUGCACUCCUUAAAUAUUGUGAAAAUAUUUUGGAUUUGUUUAUCCCUUUUGUCAUGCGGCACUCCUUUUAAAGACUUUUUUUAGAUUGGUAAAAAAUAAUAAGUAUAGUGCUAAUAUGAGGCUUUUACUGUGUUCAAAAACUAAGAACUGUUUUGGAUAAGAAUAUAGCUGCUGUCACAGGCUUAAAAAUUAUUUAGGAAUUUCUUUUCAUGGGAAAAACUAAUGAUAUUCUGCUCAUCAUAUGACUUGUGUUUUCCUUUCAGCCUGAAGCUGAUAAAGAUGAGGCAGAGCCUAGUGGGGUAACACUCUAUCAAAUGGUAGCCAGAAGGCCAUUGCGCGACUUCAUUGGGUUGGAAGAGUGUGACAAGGCCACAUGUGAUGCUAUGCUUAACUUCAGCCUCUAUCUCACCAUUGGGGAUAUGGAUGAGGCCUUCAAAUCCAUCAAGCUCAUCAAAAGGUAGGGACACUAACUUGGUUUGGUUUUUACAAGAUUUGUGUAUGUGCUGGCUAGGAUCCAAAUAGGUGUGUAAGUAAAUCCAGAUGCCCAUUGAACUUUUGGGCUUAUAUUUCUUGUAAUGCAGCCCCCAAUUAUUAUCCUUUUCAAACUCUGAAGUUUCAAAGGUAGUUUGAGAUAUGUCAUUGGAAUGCUUUGUCUGCUCCUAUAGCAGAACAUAAACCCUCUUGGUCAGUUCUUGGAAUUUUUUUCCCUUGAGGGCAACCACAUUGGCUACUUUAUCCCUCUACAACAAACACAAUGACUCAAAAACAUAACAGUAGAACUGGCCACAGAGCCACCAUUUGUUUUUAAUUUCACAUUAUUAUAGUAUGGCUAUUGCAAUAUUAGCAGAAAUAACAUGUCUUAAAUAUUCCAAUAUUUUAUUUUAUUUUAUUAAAGGUAGUUAAUUAGAGCACAUUUAAUUUUUAGCAUACAGAGCUUUUCCAGAAAGCAAGCCAGGCAAAUUUUAAAAUAAAAUCCAGUUUUUGAUUAUGUGAUCAUUCAGUGCAGUCUUAGGAAGAUGGCCUUACAAGUCUGUGUUAAAUUCUGGAGGCUGGCCGUGGAGUGUGGUGGGAAAUUAAGAGCAGGAAAGGACAAUUUGUUUCAACACAUAGAUGCCUUCCCACACAAUUUUCAUUUCAUGGUUCCAACUUGCAUUAUUUACAGUACAAUCCUAUACAACAGUAUAGGUACAGUACAGUCCUAUUCAACAGCAAGACCCAGUGUAUUCAGGUAAGUGUCCACAGAACUAUAACUUUAAUUGUCUUGAAUAAUUUUAUGUAUGAAGUUUCAUAGUACUAGAGACACACAAGAAUGGUUAGUGUGUAUUCUGCACUUACUUUUUAAUAUUCUUACUCUGAUAUAGGUUUUCCACUUGCUAAAUGUACAGAUUAAGCCUACAGACAUGUGAGCUUGCACCCAUGAUUGUUUUGAAAAAGCAAUGAAUUUGUCUCUUCAUUUUGCUGUUUCACCACUAUCUAUUGAAAUGUAUUUCAAUAGAUUUUUGAAACGAAAGCUAAUCAUCUCGGUAUUCUAGUCUUUAUUGGUUGACUUGAUAAAUAUAGUUCCUCAAUAACUGUAUGUGUGCUAUGGGCACUAAUUUGUCCACAUUUGUCCUGCAGUGCUGGGGCUUAAGUGACAAACUUGGCUUUCUCCCUUAUUUGGCAUCCAAAUUACAUUGUAAUGAAAUUCAAGAGCCAGCUUGAUUAUUUUCUUUGUGAAGAAAAUGAAAUUGGGGUGGGGAGUGGAGUGGAGUGGAGAAGAUGAGUUGGUGACGCCAAAAAUCAAAGCACAGAUUUAAGGAUAUAUACUACACAGGUCUCUGAGAAAGAGACAGUAAAUAUAUAAGUUCACAGCUCUGUCAUCCUGAUCUCUCUGUCUCAGUGGCUAUGCCUAUAGCAAAAAUGUAGCAUCUUCAGUUUUAUGUGACACACAUAUCACUUCCUGCUUUUCCCACCUUUCUUUCUUCCAUGUGUUUUGGACGUGGCCGUUUUACAAUAAUUUCAGUGCUAUGCCAAACAGAAUUAUGAGGCUUGUUGGAAGGCAAUAUUUUUGCACUCCCAUUAGAUAAAUAAGAAGUAACUUUUAUCUCUAGUAAACUCAUCUCAAACUCUACCCUACUCCUGCGCCUCCUGAUAGCGUCUUUAGUUUGCCUCUCAACUGGGGUGGAUUUUGGUCUUUCAAAUUUUCAGUGGCGCCCUGUGCGAGGCCAAAAUUCAGCACCCCCCUGCCUCUUGCCUUCCAUUCUUAAUUCACUACACCAUAGUUGUGAUGCCCUGCAGCAUCCCCUAGGCUUGGUGUCCAGUAUGGUGGAACUGGUUGCACUGUCUUAAAUCCACCUCUGAUAUAAAUUUUUAACAUGGCAUCGUACAUACCCAGUAGUGAAUCUUUCAAAUCAGCACCAAAUAUGAAAAUGCCCAGUAGUAAAAUUUGAACUGGGUAACUGUUUAGGGUGAUGAAAAGAGGGACUGUGGUUAUUAACAUAACUAUAUAAAUGGAUCACAUUACAAGGUGUUGGGGUUUUUGGGUGUACUUCUUUAUCAUCGGUUUAAUGACUUGUGAAGUUUUCUGAAACAUUUGCUUUAAAAGAAGACAAGCUUGAAACCUUCAACUUUCAUUCCUUAAAAAAAAAUGCUGACAUUCUUUAUAAAUUUUACUAUUAUGUCAGUAGCUUUUUGGUUUGAAAAUUUUGAAAUAGAAAUAAUUGUUCCUACCAGAUUGAACGCACUUAACAUUAUGGAUGGUUGACUCUUUAAUAUAACGUAUGUGUUACACAAGCAUUAUUAAUUGAAUGAUGUUGAUGAAAAUGUGACAUGGAACAAGUUUUCCUUUCCUCUUUCAUGUGCUUUAUGUUAUUGGAUCCAAAAAAGGAUACUUUCCAUAACUAAGUUUUUUAUUGUGGGAUAACUUUCUCUGAACCAAGUUUCAAGCUUGGAAUAUUGGGUUAUCUUUCCCCCUUUCCACAGUCCUACAAAACUCAUCUUGGGUAGAUCUGCCACAUUUCAGAUCUUCCUAGAAUGGCCAUGUGCCCUACUUCUCAGAUUAUAGUCUUCUGCUUAAAGUCAUCCUCCAUUUGAAGGGCGUUCUACUUCAUGCCUGGUUUAAAGUUAAAGAACCAUAAGGAAAGAAAACAGGGAGGGCUUUAUAAGUUGCUGUCCAUCAACAGUUAGCACCUGGACAGCAGUUUGCGCAGACACACAGGUUACCAUCUUGUUCCCCACCAUGGUGAAAUAUAUUGUGUUUCUAUUUAAUUAUAAUAAUUGUUUCUAAAUUUGCGACAGUACAUUUAAAUUAGCAGGUGCACAUUAUUUAAAUCUCUGUCCCAUUUUGUCUUCUUUUUUGCAAUGCAUUUCCUGGGUUUGGGUACAUAAGCCACCACCCUUAAUAUCCCUGACUUUUGACUGAAGUUCCUUCAGGAUAGUUAAGCUGUUAAUAUUUUACACUGUACAUCAGAGAGGAGAGGUGGUGUAUAAUGUACACAUGUAUAUAGAUGUAGCCCAUCCAAGUAAUAAUGUUGGGCUUCUUUAAUUGAAAAGUGAACUUAGUGAUUUCCUUCAAUGUUUAAAUUACAUGGCAUAUUUCAUAGAAAGCAGUCCAUUUUGUAUGUCGUCUUCGCUGAAGAGUCUGCCCCUUUUACCCACAUAUUCUCAACAUGGUGACUCAACAUAGUCAUUCUCCAGCCCACGUCGGAAGCGAGCAGUCAGGGUACGACUGAUAACGAUGACUCUGGGUGCCAUGCAGUCCUCCCGUCGGUGAAGGAUGUUCCAUAUGAGAAUGGCAGCAGCCAGUGUGGCCAGAAGACAAGCCCCAAUGUUCAGGUAGCAAGACCAGGACAGGCUGGUAUAGGGUCCAAUACGAUAGAAGGUCACCAACCCAAUGACCAGAACGAAACCUGAAAGAAACGUACAGAAUAGAAUGCCAUAUGUGAGUAAUGUAUCUAGACAUUCUAGAAAAAUCACUUUGUAUCUUGCCCAGUAGUGUGCAUCUGAUAGUGGUUCAUGUGUGCAAAAGUGUGCAUGCACAAACAUAUAUCUCCAGAUUUUGGCUCUAGAGUAGUUAAAUAUCACUCAUGUUUUAAUCACAAGUAGACCCAUUGAAAUUAGUGAGCAUGAAUAAGUUAGGCCCAUUAAUUUUGAUAGGUGUACUCUGAGUAAAACUUGGCAUUGAAUACCACUCAAUGUAAAUUUUCUGUUUAAUUCUAGGAAGCCAAGGGACACGUAAAACUUUGGAACCAAGGUUACAUAAAUGAGUAGGAAAAGGAGACUGGAAACCAGUUUGACUCUGUGCAUUUCUAGAUGCACAAAGGAAAUCCAUUCAACCAGUUUCACUUUCUCUGAGCCUUUAGCACAUACUGUACCGGUCACUGGUUUUCAAAUGAAAUCUUGUUUUUAAAUUUAAAAGCUGUGUUCUGAGUUUUGCCUCUGUUACUGAGCUAGCACCAGUUGUGGCCUUUAUCAUAGAAUUGUAGGAUUGGAAGGGACCCUGAGAUGCAGGAAUAUGCAGCUGUCCCAUAUUGGGAUCAAACCUGCAACCUUUGCAUUAUCAGCACCACACUCUAACCAACUGAGCUAUUACUCUAAUUUAUUUAUUUCCAUUUUAUACUCUGCCAUUCCUUCCAGCGGGAAUGCAUAGUAGUUGCCACAUCACAGCAAUACAAAAAAGGCAAUAAUAAGAACCCCACUUAAAGUACCAAUAAAAUGUACAAAACUGCCAUAAGAAAUCAGCAGCAAGGUCAGCGGGAUUUUCUUUGCACUCCAAAGCCUGGCAUUUCCCCACUCAUACUAAAUACUGUGCCUUGGCUACUCAGAAAAUCUGAUGUUCCCCUAUUGAAAACUCACAUAUCCAGGAUGUCCCAUACAUAUUGGCAAACAAUCAUGUAGAAAGGUCCUCAAACUCUAAGCUCAACUAUGCAGGUUUUUAAAACCAAUGGACAGUACUGGGUCCAAUUAAUACAAGCAGUCACCUGUAUGAGUUACCUCUUUUGAUGUGUGGACCCAUCUCUAAUUAGUAGAUUGAUUGUGCAGGCUGUUGUAGUGUUUCGUGUUGCACAUAAAUUUAAACAAUGUCAGUGCAGCUGAUCCUCUCUAGGAAACUGUUCUUACAGAGUUAAAAAUCGUCUGAGUCACAGAAAGAGCCAUUCACACCAAUGGCUUUCCAUAUGGAGUUGGCUCUAUGUGGUACUAGUUCAAGAGGCCAUGAACAAGGAUUCACAUGCUUUCAAUGAAGAGUUAUAUAAACACGGAUAUUGUGAAGAAGGAAAAUAAUUUUUUCCUCUGGGAAAUUCCUUUAUCUAGGAAUCUCCUGUGAAAUGGUAGGAAAACAUCUAAUCUUAAAGCGCAACAGUAUUUUGCCUUUCUGCAGCACAUUAUCCCACUGCUCUUGAAGAUCUUUAUGAACACAAAGAAUCCCACCGUGGCUUCCCGCUUCAUAUGUAUCCUAAAUAUCCGGUUAUUCAUAGUUUCAGAGAUGAGGAAGCUGAGGUGAGGAGACUUGUCUAGCCAUGCAGGAAAUCUGUCAUGGGGUCAGCAGUAGAACCCAGAACAUCUGACCCCAAGAUGUUGUGUAUGCAGUCGCAAAACCUCCUUCCCUUUAAGGCAGUGCCCUAUUUCUUGAUGAACCUCACUGCAGCAUUCUAGUUUCUCUUUCCCUCCUCCACCCUCACAGGUCUAGUUAUUAACUUUUGAUGGAAGUAAUUUAUGGAUCUAAUUAGCCUGACAAGAACAAUAUACAAAGAGGCAAAUGUGUCUCACAUAAUAGGGAAAAAAUCAGCUUCCCCUACUCCCAUAAACACUUCCUUAACCACCACCAUAACAGAAGGAAUUCACAUAGACAAAAGGGCCCCUUUGCAAAGGGAGACUAGAAUAAACAAAGGCCCAUAAACAGACAUAAAGAUCUGCAGAUACCAUUUCCGUUAGGUUUGUGGGCAAGGACAGGUCAGACAUGAAGAAGGCCAUUUCUCUCUGCUUUCUGUGAAUUACUGGCAUUGCUUGCACAUCUCUUACAAUAUGACCAUUGUAUGUGACUGCAUCCUAAAAAAUGGCUACAAGGGAACUUGAUGGUUUGUUUUCUUCUAUAGUGAGUCUUCUGAAGGGGUCAGCAACUAGAGGCCCUUCAGCUAAAUUCAGCACCCUGAAGAUACCAGCUGCUUCUCCCCUGGAGGCAAGAAAACUGAUUAGAGGAUGUGGCAAUUAUGUUAUUAGGACUUGGUGGCACUUGACUUUGGAGAACGGGGUAGUAGCUUAUCCCCACCCUUCAUUCACUUAUCAGAUUAGUCCACGUGUAAAUUGAGUUGCUGACCAAGACAUUAUUGGGUUUGAAUAUGACAGCUGGGGGGGGGGGGAUGACUAGAACUAGAUUUCCAUGUGCAAACUUGAUGAGUUUCAGUGCCAUCCAGUACAAAUUAUCCUUUCACAAAAGUUCCAAAAAAUCCAUUGUGUUAUAUUUUUAUACAGCCUUAUAAAAAUCGUUUAAGCCUUUCUGGUUUUGUUUGGUAAAUAGCCAGCAAGAAAUAAAGGGAUUGUUCUGAGGAGUAGCAGGUUCCCACCCACCUCCAGCUUUCAUUCACAGUUAAGUUUCUGUAUAGUAUGGGUUAAAUCCUUUGGAUCUAAUGUCCUUUACAGUGCCUUUUGCUCCCUGAGACUAGUUUUUCUGGAAAUGCUCUUGCAGAAACAACAAUUUUUGUGUGCUGUCCUGUGCACUUUAAAAAUGGAAAGAUAGGAACACAGGAAGUUGUGUUAUACAGAGUCAGACCACUAAUCCAAUCCAUCUAGCUAGCUCAGUAUUACUGGGGGAAUGAGUCUGUGACCUUCUACAUGUGAAAGAGAUGCUCUGCCUCAGAGCUAUAGCCCUUCCUCACAUUUUCACAUACUCUUCCCUGUGGGGAUGUCAUUGUAGGGCGCUUGCAGCACAGUCCUACAUAUGUCCACUCAGAAAUAAGUCCCACUAAGUUUUUUUGGUUUAUUCCCAGGAAACUGGGUAUAGGAUUGCAGCCUUAAUGCAGUCUAACUCAAGAUAUGAACCAAAUUAAAGCACAGAACUUGGAGAAUUUCAAUAAAAUAGUAUUUUUGCUAGUUUGCUUUUUAAAAAAUUAUAGUGACUUGUAAAAAAGGACAAAGCAUGAAUAAGCAUAGGCUGGCUGUUAGUGGUAUCUAGAUGUUGCUUAAAGUGCUGUCAUAUAACAGACAACUUACAGCUCAGCUGCCACAAUUUUGGCUUCAAUUUGUGUGUGUGAUUCUACUGACUUGAAGCAAAACAUGAGAGUUUUGUUAAAAUGAUGACUGGAGUUGAAGGAGGUAAUAAGAAGAAAGAGAAGCCCAGAACAGCAGCAAUGUCUCAGACCCUCCAAGUGUCCCUAUUUUCCAGGGACGUCCCUGAUUUAGAGGAGCCAUCCCAGUUUCUGAUUUGAUCCAGGAAUGUCCCUAUUUUCGUUGGAGAAAUGGUGGAGGGUAUGGAGUUAUCCAACCCCUGAGCCAUCUGAAGGCAAUCCUGUAAAUGGAAGGGUUUUUUAUGUUUAAUGUUUUAUUAUAUUUUUAUAUAUGUUGGAAGCUGCUCAGAGUGACUGGGGCAACCCAGUAAGAUGUGUGAGUUAUAAAUAGUAAAAUUAUCAAUAUGAAAUGGGAUGUCUCUAUUUUCAUUGAAGAAAUGUUGGAGGGUAUGGUGUCUGAUAUUGGCUUGGCCUGGCCCAGGGUUGAGAUGUGUGAGAAGAUGUGUGAGAAUGGCUAGUCUUGAUAGUUGCCUGACUCCUUAGUUCAAGAAAUGUCCACCUAUUGGCAAUUCAUCAGCAGGCAUGAACCUUUGUACUUCUCUCUCCUAGUCAACUGACAUAAUGGUGCAAGGAUUAGAGAACUGGUUCUAGAUUUCUAUAGGCCUUGCUCUGAAACCUGGAAUUACUGGUCCUCUCCAACCCUAUGUUUCUUUAUCUAAAUGUAGAACAAAUACACAUAAUCUUUGCUGUGAUCUUUAAGUAAUUUGGUGAUGAAUGAUUUCUAGAGAUGCAGCAAUCAUGCAGCAAUUCAAGCAUAUUGGUAUUAUAGUGUGAAGGCGCAGCUAUAUUUCACUUAUAUCUUCAGUAAGCAAAGUGGAGUACCUUCAAAUAUAUAGAUAGCAAAGUGGCCUAUGUUUGCCUUUUCAAAAAGCAGUAUGCUGUACAAAUGUUAUCAGAGGUAACGUGUGGCAGCAACAGGGCUAGGUUGUGUUUAUUCCACUGGCCAAAGGCCAGUCUCCUUUUCCUGACCAAAGCUGUGUUGCAGGAAUUAGGGGAAAUAAAAUGCAGAAGAAAUGAGCCUCAAAUGUCUCAAAAUGUUGAAGCAGAGGUAUGUGAUGAAGUGCUCAGAUACAAUUCUGUAAAAAGAGUUCCAACUCCAAGUGAACAGAUCGAGUGGGGGGUACAUUUCCACCAAUCGCCAGGAGUUUGGUUAAACACGUGUCUCAGGUUUUAUCAGCAGAGGAAAACAGUGGCAGAAAUGAUUAUUUUUGUUAGUUUCUUUGUUGUUGUUUUGUUGUUUAGUUGUUUAGUCGUGUCCGAAUCUUCGUGACCCCAUGGACCAGAGCACGCCAGGCAUUCCUGUCUUCCACUGCCUCCCGCAGUUUCUUUGUAUACCAUAUAAAAGUGACUGUAGUUUGUGGAUUACUGUCCUAUGUGUUUGUGUGAGACGCAUAUGUAAGUGUGAAAACUGUCAUGGAACAGAAAAUAACAGAAUUGUCCAUCUCUAAUGGAAAUCCUGUGUUUUCCAUUUUUUCUGUCGUCGUCCCCCCCCAUCACUUUCAUCCUAGCCCAUUCCCACCCUUGCUAUAUAAGCCACUAAAGUUUGGCCUAACGUAAGCCAGCACUCUCCAAGUUCUUCAUCUUUUAUGUAAGGGACUAAUUAUUCAUCACAGAAAGCUACUAAACUUCCUUGUGUUGCUCAAAAUAAAACCACUUGUGUUAGCAAGGCUGUUUCCCUUCACAGGACCUUUGCUUGAACUCUAACUCUGAACAGCAGUGAAUGAAUGACACGCCACCCUUUUCUUCUCUUCAGAUUUCAUGGCAAGUCCCAGGCAGGUGGGGAAGGUCUAAAAGUUACUUAUGUCACCAGAAUAUUUUAAAGUGAUGCAUAUAGGUUCAGUAUGGGAUGCCAAAACUGUUCUAGACAAACACCAAGGUUAAGAAACAGGUAGAGCUGCUGGCUGUGGCUGAUGGGACAGCAACAAAAACUAGAGGGUCACAGGUUCCCCAUCCCAUAGCUGCCAUCCAUUGGGUUCUAGAAGCUCAAAUGGAGAGCACAAAAGUGAUAGCUACCUCAUUUCUCCUCAGUCCCCCUUAUUCAGAGCGAGUGUGUGACUCUGAACACAGAGAUCCCAUUUAAAUAUUAGCCAUGAUAACUUAUGGAAUGCACUUCCAUAAGACAUCGUAGUCAACAGUUCUGAUGAUUUUAAAAGGGGGUUAGAUAAAUUAAUGGAGGCCAGCAGUAGCCAUAAGCUCCCUUUUUUCACAAUCUAGUUUCCACGCUGGAAUUCUAGGAAUUAAUUUAUAUCUGAAACUUUGAUGAUGUCACUUCUGAACCAGCAUUGUGGACUUGACCUGUGUCUGGGCCAACAGCGCCAACUCCCACCUGUCCAAAACAUCAGGGGGCAGGGGAGGCAAAGCAUGGAGCCAAACGUGGCACGGAUUCAGUGGCCAGGUUCUCCUUCUACUGCCACGGAGGGGAAGGAGGUGGGAAGCAGUCCCCUGCCGGUGGUGGCAGCGGCAGGAGGAGGAGCUGUCGGCCAUUGAAGUCGCAUUGCUGCUACGUUUAGCUCUGCCUGACGUGAUAUCAUGCACAACGUCAGUAGCCCCCUCAGACUUCCUCAUAAGUUGGCCCCUGUGGUCUGGGCUUACAUGUAAUCCUUCUCCUGCUGAGCAUCAUAUCUAACAACAUCAUUGGAGCAGCUGGGAGAACCUAGAGGGGGAGACACCUAAAACAACAUCUUCUUUUGAAUGGCUGCUGUCCUAAGAAUAAUCCAGCUGGCAAUUUUGCAUCUGACCACCUGUUUGAAACACCUAUUCUAAAGACUCUCAGCAGGCUAAAAUGUCUGCCGGAGGGAAGUUUGAAGAAUACAGAAUCACUUAUAAAAAAAUCCUACAGUGGCCAAUCAAUCUGUGCAUAUUUAUUGUGUACAAAACCUGCUAAGUUUUUGUCCCACUGUUCAGUAAAAAUUGUCCGUUAUUUGCUUUGUGUUUUGGUGUCUCCAAAAGAGUUAAUUGGCGAAAACGAGUCAGCAUUAAGUGGGGGUGGAGGGUGCCUUUCUACUGGGAAAGGAAAUAGAUAAUGGAUUUGUUAAGAAGAAUCCUGCAGGGGAUGGUGUCAAUGGUUGGGCAGGCAAAGUAGGAAGGGGAACGUUGCUCUGUGAACUUACAUUUUGGAUCAGAAUAAUGAGCUUCCUGUUUGAAUCAUUCUGGCAGAAAGCCAACUUCAGUUUCAAAGCUUAUCUUCAUUUGUUUCUACAGAGUCGUGCUUGUGUUAAAUAAUAAAAUGAUAUCAUGGUAUAACAUAAGGAUUGAUAAUGAGAGCCAGUGUGCUGGAUGAGGACCUGAGGGCCAGGGUUCAAAUCCUAAUGCAGUCCGACCUUGAGCCAGUCUCACCUACCUCACCAGAUUGUUGUAAGGGUAAAACAGGGAGGGGGAGAACAAUAUAUGCCACCUUGAGCUCCUUGGAAGAAAAGUGGAAUAGAAAUAAAUACAUGUUGCCAGCAGGUCCAUCCUGGCAACCUUGCCUCAAGCAGAAUCCCUUUUCUCCUUGCAACACAGGAUUGAUUGUCUUACUCUUACUUAUUUAGCUAGCUAUAUAAUGAUUAGCUCUGCUCAAUACAAACUCUUUGGAAUGGAAACCUCACUUGACCUCAGACUCUGUACACAUUACUGGCUUAAAACACAUCUAAGUCAUUCUUUCCAUCAAAACAUAUUUUUUAUAAUGAAGCCUUCUUCCGCUGUAGCUUGAUUAUUCAAUAAACACAUAUAAAAUAUAAGAAGUGCCAUGCUGGAUCAGACCAGUGGCCCAUCUAAUCUGAUACCCUGCUUUCCACAGUGGCCAGCUAGAUGCGUAUGGGAAGCCCACAAGCAGAAUAUAAAGACAACAGCCCUCUCUUGCUGAGGUUCCUAAACCACUGCCUCUCCUUGAUUUCUCACCAUUUAUCUUCACUGAAUGACCCUGACCAGGGUAGGAGGUGCAUUUUGAGAGAGGGAGAAAAACUUCUUUCUUGGUCUACUUUCUCCUGACCAUGCAUAUGUUUAUGUUUAUUGAAACAGCUAGUGGGGGGGGGUUGUUGUAUGUGUAUCUCUUUUAUGGAUAUAAAUGUGUUUCUGCAUACAUAUGACCCCGACUCCUUCCUCCCUUCCAUUUAAUUUUUCAAAGUUUCAUUUAAUUGCAAAACUGCUUGGGGGGAGGGAAUUGGAAGGAUGUUUGCUGAUGGGAGACUAUUUGAGUGGUGUGAGGCUGACUUCUUCAAAUUUCCUGAACAUUUUUUACAAAGCAAAGCUGAUUGUACGUGAUAGCAGAAUUUGCAGGGGCUUUUCACUUAUUAACAAGUGUAAAAGGCAAAGCUUGUCUACUUGAAGAACAUAGAAGCUAUUCAGAGUUCUGUCUCUAUAAAGAAAAGCCUCUAAAGUAAAAUGUAUGAGCUUUUACUCAAAACCCUCUGUGCACAAAACUGCUUCCAUUUUCACCACAGUGCUUUUCCAAAGCAAACAAUUCUUUCCUGUAAGGUGUGAGGCUGCACAGUUCUGGAACUGUGUGUGAAUUCAUGUGCAGCCGCCAGAGCAAUACCACUUCCUCUACUCUUUCCUUCCUCUCUGCUUCCUAAGGUUGUAUUUUGUUAGAUUUUUUUAAAAAGAAAAAGAAAAAAGGAUGCACUUCUAUCAAGGACACACGCAGGUGGCUAAAGUAAAAAUGAUGCAGGGCUAGGAGCCAUCGUAAGCCUCAGUGUGGUGAGUGUUGACAAGUGUCUGUGUGCUUGCCAAGGUCAUUAUUAUGUUUGGGGUAUUUGAGGUAUGACUGAAAUACUCAACUCUCUCUGAAGUGUGACUUCUCUUCAGUGUGAUGAUUAGGAAACUGCUGUAUGGUUUGCAGACUAUGAAGAUAGGAUGAAAAUAAGAUACUGGCUUGGAUUUUGUGUAGUCUACACUGUUGGUCAUGCCCUGACCUAAGGUGUACCGCUGCAGCGGCAUUGACACAAUUCCAUCCUUUAUUUUUGGUUUGGUUUCUUAAAGACGGGUGACCAGAGUUGAAGCCUCCUGUAUCUUUUAAUAGUUGUGUAUAAAAGAAUUUUAGCAGGCACACACCUGCGUGACAUGCAACGCCUUCCAAAGUUCUCUCUUCUGUACAAGUACUAAAGGGUACAGGAUGCAUCUGGUCACCCUAAAGAAAGAAACAAGAAGUUGGUAACAUGCAUGGUGGGGGUUUUUUAGUUUUGUUUUUAAAAAGUGGGUCCCAGUGUUUCAAAUUGUAGUUCAGUGUUGGUGCUGUGUCUGAAGAAGCUUUGAGAUUACUGCUUUAUGCCAGCAUUUUUCUCAAGCCUUUUAUGAGCGUGUACCCUGCUUCUCUUCCCAUUCAGUGUGGCAUCAAUAAGGACACAAUCUAUCAGAGAAGACCUACCAUUUGUGUGUUCAUCCAUAAAACUUGCCCUAAUUCUGCCUUCAGAAUAAAUGUACAUAUUUAUUUUUAUGUAUAUAGUCAUACCUCAUGUUGUGUCCACUUCAGGUUAUGUGUUUUUGUGUUGCGUCCCACGGCAACCCAGAAGUACCAGAUCAGGUUACUUCUGGGUUUUGCCGCAUGCGCAGAAGUGCUAAAUUGCGCCGCGCAUGUGCGCAGACGCGGCACUUCGGCUUGUGUCAGUUCCGUGUUACGCAUCGGCCUCCGAAAUGGAUCCCGUCCAUAACACGAGGUUCCACUGUAGUAUGCUUUCACGAUCAAGGUUUUCAUAGAAUUUUUGACAGGGCUAGUAUGGAAGAGGGCAAGCUGAAUGAAUGGGAAGUAGAAAUAGCUUCCUAUGUUCCAGAAUACAAUUUGGUCAUCUAACUCAGUAUAUUGGCAGCAGAGCUCCAGGAUUUCAGGCAGCGGUCUCUCAUGAGAUGUCCAAGACUCCUCUAUUACUGAACUACAGCACUUCCCCUAUCCAGAUAUUCCUCUUAUCUCCAGCCCAUGGGUACUGUUUCAUGAUUUGGGGGUGGAUGGAGAAGUUGGUGGAUGCAAACAAGAGUCAAAGUAAAUCAAAGGAUUACACUUUGAUAUAUUUAAGUUUGAAGACAGGAGUGCCUGGCGUGCUCUGGUCCAUGGGGUCACGAAGAGUCGGACACGACUAAACGACUAAACAACAACAUAUUUAAGUUUAAAUGGCAAAAGCAAUAACAUUUAAGAAUAUUUUUGUGAUUACUUUAUAUAAUGCAUAAUAUAGGUGCCCCUGAGGAAUAAUCACAUUCCCUCUCUGUCACUCCUCCCUGAAUGGCAUCUAUCAAAAUUACCAUAGAGUGGAAUAAAAAGAAAAGGCUAAAGCAUGGAGAGCAGGGAAUAGCUAAUUCACAAAGGGUCUUCCGAAUUAUUACUCCAGUUUUUCAUAUCCAAGCUAGAGAUUAUGACUGAAAAUAUUGAAGAAUCAGUGGGGCGAGUUCCAUGAAAUACCAGCUUGGUGUCCAAUAACAAAUAUAAGCUAAUGCUGUGAAUAAUAUUGAAGCCUUCAUAAAUACUUCUUUCUCAGAAGUUCUUUACACUGUUUGCCUUUUAGACUGCAUGCUAUUUCAGACAGCCAUCCCUUGUCAAAAUAGAAAUAGAAGUUGCAGACCAAGGCAGCACAUAUGCUUGUCUGUUGUACAUCAUGGUGUAUUGUACAUUGGACAGUGUGGGCCAGACAUGACUGUGGGCCUUAUAUUGCUUCCCUUAGAUCAAGAGUAAGCUAAUAUGCUAACCCAGAAGUUUUAGUUCUGGUUAUUUAACUUAACAAUUAAAGCUUUUGUUAAAAUCCAUUUAAUCUAACCAGCAUAAGGAAGACAUUAGUUUUUCCUCUGUUCAGUCAGGGAACUGUAUUCUGCAUAUGGCCACUGUACAAACAAACUAACCCUCCAACAUCUGUCCCAUCUGAACAGAGAGAAUGAAUGCCAAGAGGCCAAAUUUGAGAUGAACAUACCAGAGGUUUCAUCCCUCCUUUGCUCUGUAUCCAAAUGUGUUCUGCACCAACAAUUGUCAGCCAAAUCGUCUGAAUGUCUAGAAGAAUUUAUUUUCAGUGCAGGCUUAUGUUAAGCUAAUGAGACUUUUAAAAGUGUUUCAUGUAACUUAUUACAAGACUAUUGUGGAAAAAAAAUUUUUAUUACUAUUUUACCGUUUUUCUACUUGUAGCUUUCAUCUUCUUUCUGCUAUUGUUAUAAAUAACAAAAUCAGUUUCUUCCUGAAUGGGAACAUUUAUUUACUUUUAAGCAUCAUGAAUAGGUAGAUAAUAUAGAAGCCCAUCUAGUGGAGAUUGGUGCAUCUGAUGGCAGGCAUUAUGUUCCUCCUCUUUCCAUCCUCUCAUGGGACAAAUUGCAUCAUCUUUGCAAAACAGAGGCAUUGGAGUAGUGCAGUUUGAUAUUCCCAACUCUAUUGGCUGCCAAAUUGUGCUUUUCACACCUUGAGCUCAAGAAUCAAAAUUGCAGUGCUUGUUUGAGUCUGUCUUAGCAGCACUGCAUUGAACAUUCUGAUUCUGGCUUCUCUCUCUCUCUCCUUUUCCCUCCCAGUACUGAGGAUUUCAAGGUUCAGCUUGCAUAACAGGUAACAGCAGGCAUUUCCUUCUCCUGUGCCGGGAUAUCCUGGCGCCCUUCAGUCUCUCUCUGACUGUGUUUAAAACAGACUGUAGCACAGAGGGGGAAAGCAGCCUAAUCUAAAAUUAGCAGCCUUGAUAGAAGAAAGGCACACGGCUGUCCUCUGUACUGUUUGUCAAUGAAACAACAAAUCUAAACAGGGCCAGAAUGCAUUUCCUUUUCAUGGAAAAAAAAGGAGGAGGAUAGUUUGGACAGCAGGAGGAUGGAGCAAUGGGGAAGAGAGCUUCAGGCUGCUUUUAAAGGGAGUGUGGGAGUUGAGGUUGGGGAAUAGCUGAAAGGUUUCCAAGCAGUUUAACUUAUCCAGAAUAGUAGGCGGCUUGCACAGAACCACUGUUCAAAUGUAUCCUAAACCUCAGGGGUGGAAUUUUGGGUUUUGGAUCUAUCCCUUGCUGUCCUGUGCUUCCUAUAUACAGUUUAUGGUGUCUCCUGGCCCUCACCUUUCUCUGCCACUGCCUUGUCUUCUGUGCACCAUUGUGUUAAGCAUACUGACCCAUAUAAUUUACAAGCAGUCACCAUUUUGAUCACAGAAAAAUGAAUAGUAUCAUCAUCACUGGCUGCCAAGCAUUUUCUGACACCAGCUCAAAGUGCUGGUUUUGAGGACCUGAGUAUAUUUAAGGACUGCCUUCUCCCCUACGAACUUUCAGACUUAAAUCUUCAUUGUGCGCUCUUCUCUGUAUCCUGCUGCUGGUUAAGAUAGUUGAGAAGUUGCCUAGAGGCGGCCAUGUAUAAGGUGGCUAACAGUUUGAAGACUAAUAAUAAUAAUAAUAUGGCAGAUAGCUACACAGAACAGGGUCUUCUUGGUGGUGGUACUCACUUUCUGGAAUUGUUUGCCCUGUAAUAUCUAGUCAUUUCCCUGUCUGCCUGCCACCAAAUCAAGAUGCUGUUAUUUCAGCAUAAGUUGAACUUGGGCUGUAACUGAGUAUCAGUUUGGCCCUUGGGGAAGGUUUAAUUUUGGUUUUGCGGCUUCUCUUUUUUCAGUUAUGCUGUUGGGUGUCUUAUUUGUUUAGUUGGUUGUAAAUCAGUUUGGAAUGGACCAAAUAAAGCGACUCUCAAAUCAAAACAAUCAAUAAAUUAUGAUGUAUAUUUUAAUCUCCUUAUAUAGUUUUUUCUGUUUGGUUUAUGGUAAAAUAUUUUAUUAAAUUAAUUUAGGAAAUGGCAAUGAUGCAGCGCCCAGCAUUUUUAUUCUGUUCCCCACUCCCCACUGAUUUUUGUGACAGCAACAAAAAAGCCCAGCACUCUGGUGGCAGUGUAAAUUACCCCCUCCUCAUUCAUCAUAUGAUGAGCACAGGGAUUUCUUUAUUUAAUGUAUAUCCUGCCUGUUAGGAAAGCUUUCCUUACCAUGUGGUUUACAAAAGCAAAUGAAUGAAGCACCUACUUAAGACACAAACCACAAUACAAUCCAGAAAUUAUCCUGCUUUGCAUGCAGAAGGUCCCAGAUUCAACCACUGGUAUCUCAAGUUAAAAGGGCAAGAUAGCAUGCGAUAGAAAAGACUGAGACCCUGGAGAGUUGCUGCCAGUCAGACAGUAGUGGGCUAGAUUGAAAGGAGAGUCUAACCUGAUAUAAGGCAACUUUUUGUGUCCUUAUAACAUGCAAACAGGAUGCUUUUUCAUUAAACACACACAAGUUCUGAAAAUGGUCGUUUGUACUCUGCUUAAAGAAAAUGCUGCUACAAUUGCAUUCUGCUGCAGUUGGGAGGGGUCAGAAAUCAAAUUUUAAAAUGCACACACACAGCACAGGCUGUAACACUAGGCUGUAACCAUUUGAAGUGGUUGAAGUGUGGAAGGAAUGCCUGUAGAAUUGUUAGAGGAAAAAGGAAAGGCAUCUUUUGGUGUCUUAAAUUUAUUGUGGUAUCCACUUUGGGGGACUAGAGCUCACCAGAUGCAUGAUGUUUAUUUUUGCUUUAUAGACGCACACAUAGAAAAAAAUUGUAAACAGCAGGGUGGAAAGGCUACGAAAUUGCAAGAGUCAGCCCAUAUAACUCCUAUGUAAAGGUUAAAUAGGUAAGAGGAAUUCAAAAUGGCAAUUCAUGAACACAGUAAUUAGUAAUAAGCAUUAUCUUCCUAUCUUUGUGUAUCGCUGAUUUAACACCUAUAAUAAGUGAGAAAAGCACCUUUUUAUUGAGUCGUAAAUGACUAGGGCCAACAUCCAAUGAUGUCUCCCUCUUUGCCCAAUGGAAAUGCACUUGGACAACAGGGCAUCCAGUUUCUCUCCUGCAUGCCCCCAAAAUCUGCUCUGGAGGGUCCGGUUGGUUGAGCUUAUGGGGGGAAGCUGAGUAGAUUGCAUAACAACCCUCCUUAAUCAACACAAAUUUACACAAAUUAAGUUUUUACUCAACUGAUUAACAUGAUUCCCCAUAGAUCAUACAGUUUUCAGGUACCAUCUUCAUUAUAUAUCUCUGUUUUAAAUUCAACUCCUCUACCAAAUCAUUAACUCAAUGCUUUCAGACUAAGAAGUAUUAAAGGAGAGAUUUGAGCAAGAGUUAACGUGAAAAGAGCUGCAUCCAACUCAAGGAGGGGGGCUCACAAGUAGCUCUUAAUGCAGAAAUCCUAGCCUAGAGCUAGGAUUUCCAGAUGCCAAGAAAGAAUCAGGAUUGAGUUGGAUUUACCAUGCUUGCACAGAUCUGUGAGUUCUUAAAGUAUUUUUAAAAGUUCAGUGACACUGUUUCACAUGUUCCUACUUGGUCUUUAUAAUGUGGAGCAGUGAGAAGAUUUAGUGCAACUGGAUUGAAUGCACAACCAAUGCUAUUUUUAAAAAGAAAUGAACAAGAAGUCCACAAACAGGCUCAGGCACUGGGGUGGCGGUAGUGAUUUUGCUUUUCACUGAUAAUGUCAUACACGGCACCAGCACUUGCUCAGCCAUAUUACAGAGCACUUGAAACAGCAAUAGACGUAGUGGGAACAUUUUAUUGUUAAAUUUCACUCUAAUAAGUUAGCACUUGAAAAAAAGAAGUUACGUACUGGCAAGCUGAAACACCGCGGCUAUGGCUUCUUCCCACCACUGGGUAUCCUGGGAGAUAAUGGGCAGUUCCACCAAUCCCAACACAAAGAGGAGCUGGCCAGCUGUCAGAGCCACCGUGGCAAUCAUGUUACAGGCUCGCAUCAUGUCAAACUGCACUGUGGGGAACAAAAGGCAAAAGGGCAUUAGUUCAUUAGCAUGAAUGUGAAAGGCUUGAGAAGCCAACCAUUUCCAGUCCCUUCUGAAAAAUCUUGUGUGCUCCCAUCGUACUUCUUCACGAGUUAAGACAAAGAGAUUAACAUAAAUAUCACAAAAGUGUGUGGUUUUCAGUCUCUCAGCUUCUCAAGUGGGCUGUGAGGAUAAAGAUGGGAAAGGGAGUCUGGCGUUCUGAGAUCCUGUGGAAGAUCAGGAUUAAAACGCUACUCAAUAAUAUACAGACUCACUGACUGAUGUAGCGUAUAGCAAUUUGCUAGAAAAACCACCACGCUUGAUCUUUAUGGAUAUCACCACUAUACAUGCAGGUAUUUUGUUAAGAAGAGAUGGUUGCUGUUGCCAUUACUGUACAAUUAUUAUAGUGUUUUAUACUUGACUUUUGUAUUUACAUUGUACUUUUAUCUUUUAUGCAAGUAGCUAUAUCCAUGGUGGAUAUUUAAAAGGAAAUACUUUACACUGGAUUAGCAUUUGCUGAAAAGGUCUACAUUUUUUCCUUAUUUUCUUUUCAUUGGUAGAUUUCCUGUUUUCAUCCUUUUCCUUCCUCUCCCUCUAGGAUUCAUAAGCACCACUGUGUCAGCGCAACAUCCUAGCUUCCUGCUGGUAUGAGGUAGAAUUUUCUUGCUGUACAAAUGGCUGCACUUGAAGGGAAACCUUUCCAGAACCAAAAUCAGAGUUUUGUUUUAUAAAAUGCUCCUGUAUAGUGGAAUUGUUGGUCAACCACUUAAACUAGAAUUUUAAAGCACCCAAAAUUUAUUUUUGUCAAACUGAUUCCAUAUGUUUAAAAGAGACCACGUAGCAAAUAAUGGGAAAUAUCUCUGAGACUAUGAACAGGGUAGAAAUUCAGUUCAGUGUGCAUUUAAAAGCGAACCUAACCAAUUCACAUUUUCUGAGAUAAUACAAGAAUAAAAAUGUAGCCAUUCUUCAAAAAAAUGCACUUUUCUUUCCUUCCUUUUACAGUGCAGUUAUCCAGCCAAGUAAUGUGUGUAAAAAUGCAUAUACUAGGGUAAAAUGUGCAUCAAAAUUCAUAUAAUAGUGAAAAUAACAUAUAAAGAUGUAUUACGGGAGUGAAAGGUUCUAUUAUUCAAAAUGGGCAUAAUAGAAGAAAUUCGCUGAUGAAUUUUCAUGAGAACUUUUUAAAAAAUGCAAGUGAUAUGGACAUGCAGAAAACUGAGCUUAAUAUUAGAAAAAUGAGAAAAUUAUGAAAUCAAACUUGACAGAUUUGCCCUUUCCAACCCAACAACCUGGAGAGCUGCGAGCAUAAUAUUGGCCUGGAUGGACAAUUUGUCUGACCUGAAGUGAAACAGUUUCCUGUAUUAACAAUAAGAAUGUGAGUAAUCUUCCCUAUGUAUGAAGAUAUUAUAAUGCCGUGGGGGAACCCCUACCUUGCAGCACUCCAACAAACACACCUUUAACUAAAGUCUCUGCUAUCUGCUCUGCACACAGAUGAAACCAGCAUGGGCUUCAGUUAGGGUGGGAAUUUAAUAUAUAUAUAUAGGCAAAAUGGGCAAAACUUGUUUUAGAGGCUGGGAAGCUGAUAUAGAUCUACAUGUACAUCUUAGGAUGCAAUGGGUUAGAAGGCUCUGCAAUUUUUUUGGACCCUCACCUUUUAAAACUUUCAAAAACACUUACAAUUAUAAAAACCAAUUUAGAGAUGAGAAUGUAAAAGCAGAAAAGAGCCAAAAUUUAUCCCUUCUAACUUGAAGGUUUACAUGUAUUUCUAGAAGUCAAAAACACUGAUUAGGAAUGAGCUAUAUAUUCUCAAGAUGUGAAAUAUACUCUUUAAAGUGUAGUUCCACUUUGAUUUGCAGUAGACAAGUUGCUGAGUUUUCUAAAGAUAUUGUAUCUGCACACUGCAUUUGAAUAAUAGAAUCAUAGAAUUGCAGGAAUUUCAACUAGAUUGUACAUGACAGAUGGUCAUCUCUUGGGAGUCUGUUCUGCUGUCAAACAGCUCUUACUAUCAGAAAGUUCUUCCUGAUCUUUAGUUGGAAUCUCCUUUCUUGUAACUCAAAUCCAUUGGUUCAGAUCCUACUCUCUGGAGCAGGAGAAAUUUUUUUUGCUCCAUCCUCUAGGCUUUUAGAUAUUUGAAGAUUGUUACCAUAUCUUCUCUCUUGUACCAGACAAUUGUUGUUAUAUUGUUAUAGCUGCUACGUGUCUCUUGCAAACUUGCAUGUUUACUCCUCAUCUACAUCUCUGUUAUAUAAUAUUUUUGCAUUAAAGGCUGGUUGUUUUGCCCAUUUAUGAUUUCCUUUUGGCUUUGUUGCAACCUUUAUAAUAUCCUUGAAUUUAACAAACAGCAUCAUUGUAACCAUUGCAAACACUCUUUUUCCUUUUCUUUUCUUGUGACUUUGUAUAAGCUCUGCACAAUCACCAGUGGCAUUGCCAGUAAUCAUUAGCAUCUCAACCUAUUGUUCAGUGUUGUCACUCUGACAAAAGUAUUUCAGGGGGCCCACCUUUUUGUUUUGGAAUUUUUUAAUCUGCUGUGCCUUCUACAUUAAAAACUAAUUGUUGAUGGGUUUCCCAUAUGUCAUGAUACAUUGUUGAUAAGCCCGAUUCCUCUUGCAUCGACCAUUUGGAAAAGUCUUCCUUUAAGAUCCAUGUCAGAUCCCCUGACUCCUCCUUCAAGAUUUCCAUACAAGAAGCUCUGAUAUUAAGUGAGUGUUAAGGCGCUAAUAUCCCAAUAAUACACAGCUCUGUCUCUCCAUUCCAUCUGAAUCAGAAGAGGCUGCAAAAGUGUUGGAUUGAUGUCUGGCAGCAAUGAUUGAGUAGGAGCAAUAAGCUGAGGCUAAUAAGACAGGUGCUGCAGGUGGGUGGUUUGGGAACUAGGUGAAUGGCCUGACUGGGAUUGCAGUGUCCUUGAAGGAACAGGUUCAUAUUCUGAGAAUACUUGUGACUUGCCAGAUAUAGCUGUCCCUGGACUUGGGUAGCCUGGCUCUGUUGUCUGUGCUCUAGAGACCUCCUUUCUGGACUACUUUAUGUCUUCCCUGCUACAGUGUGUUCAGGGCCUUUCCAUCUGUACUUCAAACCAUCUUUCUGGGUCAGCCUACCACUCCCAUCAAACAGCUCAUUUCCAGCAACUAUGGUGUUGUUAUUCAGAAGCAAGGGUAAGCCAGUAAGGUAUACUUUCCCACUUUACUUCUUAGAAGAUGCAGCUGUGCUUGGAGGAGUCACACCCACGACUUUUAAAAGCAUGAGAAUGCAGUAUCAGAAGGGUAAUACUUUUGUUUAUUUUGAAAAGGAGACGCUUGUAAGGCAAACUUCCAGGCAUUGUUCCAGAGUCAGGACAUCUCCUCUCUGAAAUGCACAUGAUUAGUUCUCUUUCAACAUCGUGUUCCUAACAUUUCUCAAGAUACACUCUUGACAGGCUAGUUUAAGAAAACUCCAUUGGAUGCAGCCUAAAAAGUUGUGUCAUUGAUGAAUACAUCUUUUUACACAACACUUACUGGACUUCUAUGGGGCUACCCUUCAAAUCUGGUCUCAUACAACUUUCUUCCUGGUCCAGCUCUGCACACAAAUCAUUGUGAUGCUACAAUUCUUUCAGUGGGCCUGCACUAACCAUGUAACAUUUUUACAAAUCAGUUUCAUUUGUUGAGACAUUAGGGAGAAAAGGGGGAAAGAGGUGGAGGGGGGUGGGGGUGAGGUCAGGUGGCAAUGUUUCUAUUUUACUUACUAUAUGUAGGGUUUGGUGUCAGCGUUGCUUGUGCAGGUUCUUUGUUGUUCACUUGUGUUCCUUUGGUGGUGAGAGAAGUUGGGGUUUGCCUAUGGUCUGGUUAUUCAUUUGUGGUUGGCUGUGGUGGUCUUUGUUUUCAGGCAAGGGGCCAAGUUGACACUGAUGCUAUAAGCGGAAAUUGUGUUGCUUCUUGCUUAGCUACCAAGGUAGGAGAUAAGCUCAAUAGACUGAAGAGUCUUCUGCUUGCCUCCUAAUUAGGCUACCCAUAAUUUUAAUUUAAGUGAGUGUAUUCUCAGUUUAGAACACCUUAAGUUACACUGGCAAUGUGGGAGCAGCUGCGGUAUAUGAGCUUUCUGUGCCGCUAAGGUAGCAUGGGACACCCCAGAACACGGAGGAGCCCAUGUUGUGCCCAGCUUCGUCCCUCCCUGAAGUGGUUUAAUUCAGAACAAACUUGUGAAUAGACAUUCAAAAUUGAUACAGACUGGGAGCAGACAAAUCACUCUAUUUCCAGUUACAGAAAGCUGUGUGGCUUUCACCAGAAACAGCAGCCCUGCACCUCUUCUUCAUAGUUCUCCCAUAACUUGUGGUAACACUAGAUAACAUGAUGCCACAGUGUAGUAGAGAGCAGGGAUCAGGAAAAGCCUAGUGUAAUAACAUCAUGCCAUACCUUUUGCAUUACUAGAUGCUGCCAGAGGGGGAAGUGCAUUAUAUAUUUUGGGUGGCAGCCAUGCAUCUCCUGUAACAUCUAGCUCUGAUUCAAACCUGUACCUUGUACAGCAGAUGUUGCUGUUUUUUAAUUAGUUUUGUGCAUUCUGAUCCUAUGCAUGUUUACUCGUAAGUAAACACCAGUGAAUUUAACAGGACUUACUUCCAUGGAAAUGUACAUAGCGCUGCAGCCACCAAGUGGAAAUCAAUUAGGUCUAGUUGACAGUGCAUUCAAGUUCCAAAACCAUCUCAGAUUUUCAUUUCUAUUAUCCAGACUAGACCAAGGCAGGUACAGUUAAUUUAAUUUCCAUACUUAUGAACACAGGCUUUAUUUGGUUAUGCUAAAUGAUGUCCUCAGGGACAUUAGUGCUCUGUAAAUGCAUAACAGUCAGAUUAGACAAUAGUAUGUGAUUUGCUGGUGUAAUUAAAUAAAAAUGAUCUCAUUUAGAAACCUCAUUCUGCUUGGGAUUUAAACAUACAUCUCUAUCUUCUUGUUUGCUCUUUCAGUGGCUGAAAUUACUUUAAAACUUGAAAACUGAACUGUGAAUUAUUUGCUGAAAGGUUGCUUUUGGAUAGAGCUAGCUAGGAUUUUGGGGUACAUUCUGUUACUCUUUUCAGAUAAAAUUUGUUGAGCAAAAUUUGUUUCAGACAUAAAUGUAGCAUGAUUGUCAACAGUCCUGACUGAUUGCAGCAUGUCUCUCUCUUGGUUCCGCCCCCCCCCCCCAAAGUUGAGCCUCUGUGAUAUGAAUUGGAGAAGGCUAGAUUUUUAUGACUUUCUAUACCAGUGAGAAGCUGCCCUGGCAAUCAAACAUGUGUCCAGUUUUUUACAGGGAUAGAUUAAGAGAUUUGCUGUUUCAGGUCAGAAGAGUUUGUUUGGAAAAUAGUAUUUUGGUUGCCUUUAAAUGCUUGGCUAAAGCUGCACCAGGCAAGGAGCUUUGUGUUUUCAAAGGGAGAUGGUAUUUCUUAUCUCUUUUCACAGAGAAGAUUAAAAACCUUCUCCAUGCAGGACAAGUGAUGUGUUCUUAGAUGAAAAAAUGUGUGUGUGUGUGUGCAAUGUGUGAAUUUCUUGCAUAUUGUUAUGUUUAAGAAUGUUUCUUUUUGCCAUUAUUGGCAGAAAGAAAGAGCAGAGGUUGGGGGGGGAUUACAUAGGUGACUGAGAGAGUAUGAUGACUUCAUUUUUCCAUCUUGUGCACAUGUGCGCAUAUGCUAAACCUGAAGUGACACUGGAUGUGUUUUUGUAGUUUAAAGCAGCUAUAGGGGCUCCCAAAUUAGAUAGGAGAAGCAGCAUUGUGGGAGGGGGUGUAAGCCUUUCUUCAAUGCAUGAUUAUUUCUCUGAUCUAGUUUGCCUGCUGAAGUUUGCUCCAUGGGGAAGAACAAAGCUGCACUGUACACAUACUGCAACCUCCACUUGCCACGGAUGCUGAAAUGUAGAUCCUGAAUCAGAACAUAACCCUUCACAAAAAAAAACCCACCACAGGGCUGUGCAAAUGUUGCCCAACUUGUAUUUUCUAAUAUUGGAAAGAAUAGCAAGGAGCAGGCUGGAAAUGGUUGAAAAAUCCUCCCUCGCCACCCUUCUUUUGAACAGACCAGCGUCCCAGUCCUUUUCAGUGAAGAUGAUACCAGCUAGAAGCAUUUUAAAGUGCCUCAGAUUGUCUUAGGACACAAUCGUGUGGCAAAAUACAUAGGAUUUGUUCAAAGAAUGUGGGUUUACAUAAUUGGGACCCUGCCUGUAUCAUCCUUUUGGUUUGCACUCAAAUACCACAGAGGCCUCAGUAAUACAGCCUAUCAUAGCUAAACUCUAUUUUUGGUAUCUUCUGGUUUCUGCCUGGCUGUUUUCCAAGAAGAAAUAUCUGAGACGUGGCUAAUGAUCCCUGGGAUUGUCUGGUUUGAUGCCUCUAUAAACAUUUUCCAGUUUCUUUUUCCCACACAGAGCCGUGCCUCUGGCCUCGCUGCCACUCCCCCCCCCCGGGGAUUUCAUAGUGAAAAUGUAUUUUAUAUAAAUCAUACCCUGUGGAUAGACAGAUGUUUAUAUCUAGCGAACAUGGGAGUCACGUAGACACUCACAAUAUUGGGCCACUCCCCACCUCUAGACAUGCUUGACCCUAAGAGCUAUAAUAAGGAAAUAGCUUCAUUACUCUGUGAGUCUUUGAGAAACAAGCUUCAUAUCACUUGCCUUUUUCCUGUGUCUUCAACAUCCCUGAGAAUCGUCCAAGUCCCCUGUUCCUGCCCCCCUCAUUUAAUUUCCUUUCCAUGAUUGGUUUUAGACUCUGCAGUGCCUAAACAGUAUUCCUUUGCAAGUACAGCCAGAGACACGAUCUCUCUGUCUGAGUACAGCACUCAUUAUAAUAGCGUCUAAGCAUCCUGCUCUCUGGGCAGCAACAACAGCUCAUUCAUAACCACCAUGAUUGCUGUUUGACAAAGAAGCCCACAUCCCAUUCAACAUCUCCAGUGCCAAGUGCUUUCUAAAAGAAAGAAAGAAAAAUCUAAAGAGAUUUAGGCAAUUCUUCAGACCAGGAAUGGGAGACUUGUUCAGUGUGAGGGGACCUUCUAAUGGGUUGUAGUAUUUGGAUAACAUUCAAAUCCAGAGAAUCAGCAAGGUAGUACAAGCUCAAGGAGAUAGAAUGGACUUCAAACAAAAAUGAGGCAUAGCACUUCUAAAUACUCCCUGAAAUUUUGCAGAAACUAUAUGCAUUUUAAAACAACAACAACAACAAACAACAGGUAGCUAUGUUGAUUAGGAGAAAUUUGCACUAAAAUGCUGAUGAAUUGUAUGGAUUUUCCCCCUUGUUAUCUGAUGUGGAAAUGUAGAGAUGGGAAAAAUGAGAAACCUAGAUAAACCCAAAUUGACAGAUUCGCCUAUCCCUGAGGUAAUCAGUGCUGAUCAUGGGGCCUGUUUGCUGCUGAUCCCAGGGGUGGAGUUUGGUUUUUCAAAUUUCACUGGCACCCUGUACAAGGCCAAAAUUUUGGACAUGCACCCCUCGCCUUCUGUUCUGUUCAAUUCACUAUGUUAUAGUUGCAGCGUCCUGCAACAACCCUAAGGCUUUGUGCCCAGUGCAGCAGAACUGGUCACACUGCCCUAAAUCCGCCUCUGCACUUUGAUCCUCCCUACACUCUGUAGUCUUUUAGACCUCUUAUUAGCACCUCAUUUUACUGCUUGUAUAAACCAUGUUUUGUCUCUGUUGCUUCAAGUAGAUUAUACACAGGGCCAAAUAUACUGUAUACUGAAUACCGUAUACUGUAUUCUACAUAUGAUCACACCACACUUGUAAGAAUUAGAUGCCUGAAAAGUAAUGCUAUAUUGGCUCUCUUUUUAAAGGAGGGCUGUUACCUAUGUAACUGUUUAGAUUAAUUAAAAAACAACAACCAUUUAGGCCUGAUGAGACCUUACAAGACAAGUAGGAGGUUUUGGAGGCCUUCUAGUGAUCAGAGGCAGUGGUGUAUAUUUCCUCCCUUGCCCUGAGCUAAAAGAAGAGCUCUUUAUCUUCCAGUUUGAAAAGCAGAAGUAGAAUAAAUUAGUGGAAAGAAGCAGCUGUAUGCAAAUUGGUUAAUUUUGUGUACUCUGUUUGAGCUCUGUAUGCUUCUUAACAGUAGUACAGCUAUAUUAGAAACUUCUUUGUCAUUCUCUUCCACAGUGGAACUGAAAGGUGGAAACACCUUAGACUAAUUUGGGUUGCAUUUUUUGGAGUUUGCAGAAUUUGGCUACCUUCUCGCAUAGUUUCCCCCCCUUCUCCUCUAGCACAGUGGCGGGGCUAGCGCGCAUCCCGGGGGCAUGGUGUGCUGCCCGCAGGGGCGUGGCAUGUAUCCUGGGGGCAUGGCACACCGCCUGCGGGGGCGUGGCACCCAGUGCAGGUGGGCUAGCAGCUGCAAUGGCACCCCACUGGGAUCACGCUGUCAGGAGUGGUGCGCUCCCCCCCACUUUUCUUCCUCUGCCAGUGCUCUAGCAUGAAAUGGAUGUAGAUCAGGUUAGAAGUCAGCUGUUCUAUUUCUGUGUAUCAUAUGAAACAUGGUGUAUUAGUUAACACUUGCUCUCUGUCAGUGUGUAAAUCCAUUGAACAUUGGCUGUGUGCCAAAGCUUUUAGACUGAUCUGGACUUUUUGUGCAGCAUCUGCUUUUUGACACAUGAGGCUUCUGAGAAUGCUGGGGUGGUGUCACUGCCAGAUUUUCUUGUGCCACUCUGUUCUGGUUUUCAGAGGCAAAAAAUGUACCUUAUGGUCUUCCCUUUUCAUGCUUGUGCAUUAAGUAGCAGACCUGGCUUAGUUGAGCUGCUCAAGAUUGAUAGCCGCCACAGUAUAUUAAAUUCUGUCCCAUUAAAAAGGCAGUUAAAAUAAGGAAAGGGGAAAGGAAGAAUAGGGAAUCUGUGACCAUCCAUAUACUAUUGGACUGCAACUCUAGUCAUCCCCGACUGUUGCCCAGUCUUGUUGGGUCUGAUGGGAACUGUAGGCUAGCAUCUUCUGGAGACCCAAGCUUCUCCUUCCAUUUGGGGCUAUAUAAUUUAGAAAAAAAGUGACUCAAAGUGCACGGGUGAUAUGAUAGAAGUUUAGAAAAUCACAUGAUGCUAGAAUUUGUAGUUAUCCCGUAAAAUUGCUUGGCUGUGGACUCAGAACAUGCAAAAAGAAGGGUCAUCUGUACAGCAUUGAAGCAUGGAAUUCACUGCCACAAAACACGGUGAUGGCCGUUACAGGAGAUCAGUGAAAUGCAUGGAGAUUUAUUGACAAUUGUUAGCUAUGAUAACUGCAUGGAGCCCCACGUUCCAAGGCCACUUGCCAGUAAAUGCUGGUUGCAGGAAAAACAACAGCAUGAAAGGGUUAUAACCCUCACAUCCUUCUUGUGGGCUUCCCAGCGGCAUCAGGUUUGCCACUUUGAGAAAGAGGAUGCUGGGCUAGAUAUAGCCCUUUAGUCUGAUCUAGCAGAGUACAUCAGAUGUUCUUAAAAUCAUUUUGUUCCCUAUUUAGUCCAAGAGCACAAACCAACCAGUGUAGUUGGCUGGAUGGCUGUUUGCAGAUACGUUGUAUGGCAAAGACACAGAUGCCUCCCAAGACAAUUACUGAGUUAUACUUCAGAAGCAGUAUGACACAGGAGUUACAGCAUAUCUUUGUAGCAGUACAACCGCAGACCUUUCUGCUAUGGAAUAACGUUUUGUUAGGUUCUUUAUUAGGAAUAUUAAAUGAUACAAAUAAAUAGACCAAGUCUUCUCAUGUCAUUGGUAUAUCACAAAAAUAGCAUAAUGAAUUUGCAGUAAUAUCUACAACAUAUGGUGCAUUACUGGAGGUUAGGGUGUAAGUUAUUGGUUUGUGAUUUGGUUUAAACAAAAACAAAGGGGAUAUAGGAUAGAACAGAAUUAAUAGGCAGAUCUUUCUGAAGGAAGGCCUGAGUCAGGGUUAGACAGCUUUGUUCAACACUGGGAACCACAUAUGAAAAAAAUGUUACAGUAAUGUAUCUGUCGGUACCAGCAUGAGUGCUAGAAAAUUUUCUUUCUUAGAAAAGUAAAAUGCAGACUUCUCAGUAUUCUAACAAGACCCUGUGAUCAGGAGCAACAACAGCCACUCCUGACAUAGACUGUGGACUUCUAAACUGAUGACAUUUAACUGAUUGGCUCUUGAUGAAGUGUUAAGGGGAGUGUCCCUCUGUGAGCAUCUCAUAUAAUGUCUUCAUCUUGGACUAAGAUAUAAUCUGGGCCAGGAAAAAUAAAUAAGCAGCCAACUACAGGCAAAAUUGUUGUGAGAAUCUGCUGAGGGUGGUUUCCUCAGUCACAAGCAGGCUGAGAUGUUGGGGUAGCACCUCUUCAGAGGAGGCAAGAGGGGGAAAGAGAAUAUCCUAGAACAAGUCUCUGGAAGCUCUGGAGCUGGUAGACUCUCAGACCAUUUGCAUUUUUCCUCUGCCACUUCUUCUGCAAAUUGUGUCAACAUUAGAAACAAAGCAUGUUUUAUCCCUCCCCACCACCCCAUCUUGUCUUAACCAUUCAGUAAGAUUUACAUGAACAAAACAGAAAUGGAACAUGAGUCAGUUGCAGGGCUGCAUGAUUUAAUUAAUUCCACAAUCACAUCUCACCAGCAAUUGCUUUUUUGGCACAGAACUCAACAUCUUAAGAACAAGAGCUUUCUUUCUAUCAGUAAUUGCGGGGUGUGAGGGAUUUUUGUCAGUAUCAUCGCUAGGGUGGGACAAACAUCCUUCACAUGCUGCUGUCCCAACUUAAGUUUCUAGUCUUCAUGGCUUAUUUGUGGGAAACAUCUGGUCAAAUUUCAAAAGCCAGGAGUAGGAAGGACUGGGCCAGAUUUCCAGUACUCAGGGAGAUGGAGAGAAUGUAGUGUGCACAAAAAGCAAAUGCAUGCAGAUUUGUAUAACUUAUUCUGAUCACAUCAUUCAGCUUUACCUGUAGCAGAAUUUGAGUUAUUUAGGAUACAGAGUUGUGAAGGGGGGGGAAUGCAGAGUAUGCAAAGUUUUGUUUCUCUCUCAUAGCCUGCUUCACUGGAUUUGCUUACUUUCCAUUCACUGAAUGCAAUUCUUAGUGGCAUCACUUUCUCAAUAACACUUCUGGGUGGGUACAACUGGUUCAAUUUGGGAGGGGAUGUGUAUGGCUUGUUUUUGUCCAACUUUUAAGCCCAUUUUACAUUUUGAGAUGAAUACUGACUCGUAUGGUUACCAGUAUGUGACAGCAAUUGAAUAAGAACCUGUCAAGAGCAAAAUAUGGGCAAAUUGAUUGUGUUGUGUCAGAUAAGGCAGGAGUGGGGAACUUUGGUCCUCCAGAUGUUGCCAAACUACAACUCUCAUCAGUGCUAGCAAGUGUGACCAGGGAUGAGAGCUGUAGUUCAGAAACAACUGGAGGACCAAAAGUUCCCCACUCCUGCCUAAGAUAAGGGUGUGUCCAGAUGAACUGUUUAUUGUAGGUUUAUCCUGAUUUGCUAGUACAGGUACUAAGCUUACAAGGAGGUUUGGAUAUACAGUGGUACCUCGGGUUAAGUACUUAAUUUGUUUCAGAGGUCCGUUCUUAACCUGAAACUGUUCUUAACCUGAGGCACCACUUUAGCUAAUGGGGCCUCCUGCUGCCGCCGUGCUGCCGGAGCACAAUUUCUUUUCUCAUCCUGAAGCAAAGUUCUUAACCCGAGGUACUAUUUCUGGGUUAGCGGAGUCUGUAACCUGUAGCGUAUGUAACCUGAAGCGUAUGUAACCCAAGGUACCACUGAAAUUCAUUCUGAUUUCUUUGCAGGGAGUUAUAUGAAAAUGAACAUUCAUCCUGAUUUACUUGUGGAGCGUUUACACAUCAUCCUGUUAAUCAUUCUUUCAUCUCACACUUUUCAGUGUAUUUUCAAGUCAUCUUCCGAACAGCAAAAAGGCAGUUUGCACUAGGGCAACAAAACACUACAAUCGCUUUCAAUUGCACAAACCUAAAUUUCCAGGUAUGCGCUUAGAUCCCUCCCACAAAAUACUGACAUCCUGGAUGCACCUCAAGGAAGCUGAGUUAGAGAGCGGCUUCUGAGAAGUACAUUUUCUCAAGCCAUUCUGAAUCCCCCUUCUGAGUUUGGAGAAGGCUAUUUGAAAGAGGCUGUAGACACAUGCUUUUCAUGCAGAAGAUCCCAGGUGCCUUCCUUGACAUUGCAAGUGAAAAGCAUCAAAUGGCACAUUGGUGCUGAGUAUAUGGGGCAGAGGGGGCUUCAUCCCCUUCAAUAUUAUGGGGCUCAGCCCCAGUAUCUAGUUUGUAUGGUGCAUUUUAAUUGGUCAUAUCAUCCUGCCACCAUCUCUGAAUGCUUACUGUCCCUCUCCACACCUAGCAAGGUAUUGCCACCUAGUGAGCUGGAAGUCACACAACAAAGGGUAAAACCACGCAUGACACUAAGUCAUGUGUAGUUUUUCUCUUAACUUUUUAAAAAAAAUAAGGUGCAACUAGGGAGGCUGUAAUCUACAACAUGAGACCUGGGCACAGGAUGGGGCUGCUUAACUCUUUCCCUUACAUCAGGCUUCUGACUAAAAUUGCUUACCCAUCCCUCUUAGCUUCCUCAACAGGGGGAAAUGUAUGCCACUUUGGCAGGAAGUCUUCAAUCCUGUUUUGGGCAUUGCUGAGGCCUUAUUUCUAACUCAAGGUUGAGUGUGGGGCCUGCAGGUCUGCAUUUCUUCCUUGCCUCUGUACCUAUAACAUUUCUUCAUUGUAUAUCAGCAGGGUCUAGAUGAAGCAUUUAACAGCAAAGACACAAAUGAGAGCUUCUCAUCCCAUUGGAGAUGUGCCUGUCCACAAAGGUGCACACUUUGGCCUGGUUUCAGACUUGAGUUUGACUUUUAUGGUGUCUCAAAACUUCCAGUUUGCACCUCCUGCUAGAGACCAGGUGUGCAAUUGUCAUGACCCAAACUUGCUUUCUAUUUCCCCCUCUCUUCUAGUUUCUUUCUUACUUACUGGGGCUCAGACUCAAGAGGUGCUGGAAAUCCACAACCUCUCUGAGGUGUGCAGCCCUUUUCUGGCUGAGCCGUGCUUCAAAGUCAGGUCUUCCCAUGGGUCAAGUGCCAACACCUGACUUGAGAGGUGCUCUCUACAUAACACAAGAUAGACAGUGAUGACGAAAAUCAAGACUUACGUUUGACAGUGCUACGAGAUUCCUGGAACCCAGCUGGCUCCGAACCCCAGCCCAAGGAUUCACAUUCACGCUCUGCCCCUUGCCCAUGCCUGGCACCUGAGCCUGCACCUCCUCUUCCCUUCUCUGCCAGCCAGCACAUCUUCCACAGCCCCACACUGCGCUUUCGCCCAUCCUCCAAGGUCUGAUACACCCAGUUGGGGGUAAAGGCAGCGGCGUUGUUGAGAAUAAGUGAGACCAGAGCUACCAACACAGCUGUGGCUACCAGCUUCUGGACAGUCAUAUCUGACUGUCAUCAACCGCUGGCAGCCUCUCUUUGUAGAAGAUCCAAGAGUCCCGAUCAGCUGCAGUACAUUUAAUUGGGGCUGCAGAUGGGAGGCAGGCGCAGGAUGAAGUUAUGAAUGGCUAGAGAACAUCACCAUUCAUUCUCAAAGUCAGCUCCUGGGGGGUUUCUGAUUGCACAAAGAGCGACUAGGCAGAGAGGGGCAAUCCAUAUAACGAGCAGAAGCGAGGCUUCCAGAGUUCUGUCUUCCCAAGCGGUGCCUUAUCCACCUUCCUGCACUUUGAGCAGAGCCAAGCUGGUGAAGAGCUGAAAGAUGAGGUGCAUUCUUUCUGGAACCAACUUGCGAAAUGUUGAUGUAGGAAGUGCUGCGUUCUUGGACAGUAGAGGCUAAAAUGCCUGCAAACGGUGCCGGGUGCCUCAACCUUCUGGAACACAGCUGUGAGAGGAGACUAAGAUCUGCAUAGGAGUUAGGCAGCAAGAGCUCUUAAAUCGUUUCACAGCUGCCCCAAACUCAGAGCAUCCCACAGACGCAGUAGAAAUUCAUUCUUAACACCAAGAGAAAUUCUGAGGAAAAAUUCAACACUUAUUCCCCAAGGAGCCCUGGAAAGCUGGUGUAUUCCAAGGAAAUCUGUUCUGCUGUCCCUGUUCUUCUGCGAAUGUCAGGGCUGUGCGAGGUAGAAGCAGGAUAGCAGAACCUCUGCUGCAAGGAAGUUUUUUCCUCCUAUCUCUCAAUGGAGAGGAAAUCGUUGUUUUUGUGGCUGUUUUUGGUGAGCCUCAGGGCGUAGCCGGCUGCAACAAACAGAGCCACUGCCACAGCAGUCAGAUGUGAACAGGAUGUGUUUCCUGAAAGGAAAAAGACUAAGGGAGACUUCUAAAGUUCCAAUCUCUCUCUGUCUCCCCCCCUGCCCUCCCCCCAUAAGCCUCCCCCAUUCCAGUAUUCUCCUCCCUCUCUCUUCCUUUGCUUCCCAGAAAAAUGUAACCAGUUCAGUGAUAUUGUGUUAGUAGGAUUAGUUUUACAGGUCCUUUUAUGUGCCAGAUUCAGCUGUUGGGGCUUGAGCCAAUUAUGAAACCCGACUGGGAAAAUCAAGGCUUUUCAGGGACUAGAGUUAUCUGGGCCUCUUCCCAAGCAAAAUUAAAAAUCAAACUCUCAGAUCCUGGCAAUGAAAGCAAGAAGUUUGGAGAUCUUUUUUUUUUUUUUAAAUGCUUACUGACAGGAAAAAUAACCAAAAGUAUGUGAGGGGAAAUUGUCACUUGGGAGUUUCUCUUGCAGUAUCUGUCUUACAAAGACAAAUUUAGCAUCGCAUCAUGCUGAUGUGCACUUUAUGAGAGUAAUUCCAUUUGCAGGACAAAAAUUGGUCAUGUUGAUGAGUGCUAAGGACAGUCAAGCAACUCUUUCCCCAUUAUUUUUUUUUUGGGUGGGUGGGUGUUACUACAGCUCUUGUCUUUAUUUGCAAAAGCUAAUUUUACUUUAAAAUAUGCCUUUCACAUAAAAAAUUGAAAACAGCUAAUGACCUGAAAGUAUUCAGUAAAAAUAAAACUAUAGUAAAAAGCAGUAAAAUGCUCAUAAAAACAGACAGCAGAUGUAAAAAGAACAAAAGCAGAAAUGUGUGUGAAUAAUAUCAAACAGUGGCAGAAGUAUCCAGUAAAAAACAACCACCUGGCAAUUGGAGCAAUAAAUAAAUAAAGGUGCAACUUGUGCUCCUCAUUCAUAUCAUAUCUCUAUUUGUUGCUGUUUAAUCGUUUAGUUGUGUCCGACUCUUCGUGACCCCAUGGACCAGAGCACGCCAGGCACUCCUGUCUUCCACUGCCUUCCGCAGUUUGGUCAGACUCAUGUUUGUAGCUUCGAGAACACUGUCCAACCAUCUCGUCCUCUGUCGUCCCCUUCUUCUUGUGCCCUCAAUCUUUCCCAACAUCAGGGUCUUUUCCAGGGAGUCUUUUCUUCUCAUGAGGUGGCCAAAGUAUUGGAGCCUCAGCUUCACAAUCUGUCCUUCCAGUGAGCACUCAGGGCUGAUUUCCUUAAGAAUGGAUGCGUUUGAUCUUCUUGCAGUCCAUGGGACUCUCAAGAGUCUCCUCCAGCACCAUAAUUCAAAAGCAUCAAUUUUUCGGCGACCAGCCUUCUUUAUGGUCCAGCUCUCACUUCCAUACAUCACUACUGGGAAGACCAUGGCUUUAACUAUACGGACCUUUGUUGGCAAGGUGAUGUCUCUGCUUUUUAAGAUAAGGUGUAUCUCUAUACACAGUUCCUAAUAUAGUGGUAAAACUAAAUCAGUGGUGGACAAUGUGUUGCCCUCCAGAUACUGCUGGACUCCAACUCCCAUCAUCCCCAGCCAGCAUGGCUUAAUGUUUAGAGAUGAUGGCAUUCAUUAGUCUCAAGAGACAAUGGAGUACACUUACAGGGGUGAAAUCAAAAUGCUGCCUUAGCAGCACUUAAGUGACCUUCUUGGAGUGCAAGCCUAGGCAGUGUAUGUGGAGGUCCUGGGCUGCCCAAACAACAAUACUCACUUCUUGGCAUCUCUCAUGUGGUCCAGAGGAAAGUACAGCAAUACAUUUGACACCAGCUGGGCUGCAGGAGUUGACGGAAGGAUGUGUACAAGGCACCAUCCAACUGUCUUAGGGAUUCAACUCUGGAUUUGUGUAGGGUUUACUCCUUAGCCUUCUCUUCUCCUGAAGAUAUCUCUCAAGGCAGCGGACGUUUAGAAUCAAAGUGUUUCUUCCAGAUGGGCUACCUUCCCAGGUUGAUAAGCCCCAUCUGCCCCUAACUUUCCUCUAUAGUAUGUGCAGUAACCACCUUCUUGACCAUUGGGCACACUGUUGGUCUUGUCUGCUCAAUUUACCAGAGCCUGUCUUCACAUGCAGGGAAAGUUCUUAAUUUACCAAGGGUUUGAGAUCCGUGGGAGAUCUGGAGCAAUAUCUGGAGGGCCACAGACCUGCCUCCCCCACCCCCACCCUCCGCCAAACUAUAAGACUAGCAGGUAACUGUAGCUUGAAAUUAGUAUGAGUUUUGCUUUUUUUAGUUUUUGAAUAUUCAAGGUUGUAGCAAUCUCAAUUAUGCUCAGAGUAGGCCUACUGAAAUUAAUGAAACUAAGUUUGGUAUGUCCAUUAAUUUCAAUAGUAGGGCUAGCAUUAGAUACAAUCCUCUGUGUCUUUCUUCCUUUUUUGCAUAAUUUUUGUGUUAGCUAUAUACUGCACUAAAUCCAAACGUGUGAUGAUUACAUCAUUUUAAGCCCGAGUUGCAGGUGUUCUUGGCUUUCUUUGGGAAACAACACAUGCUUAUACCCAUCUUUUUCUUUUAUAAAAAAUAAUCACACAUAUGUAGAUAGUAGAAUGGACUGGGGAAAGGGUGAUGUCUGUGCCACAGAACUGAAUUGGUUUAACUGUCAUUUGUCUCAUCAGCAAAUUCUGCCUCGUUUGAGAUCUCUAACAGAGAUCUGCACCCACACCAAACUACAGCUGUGAGGAUUCUCUGCAGGAUGUCAUGAUAGCUAAAAGCAAUAUAACUUGGUAUCUGCUUUGCUUUUGCUCCUGCAGCUAAAAUACAUGGGCGAACGGCAAAUAAACCCAUUAUAAGACCGGGCUUUUUCCAAAUGCACAACCUAUAGGUAUCAUGCAGAAACUUCACCCUGUUAAGUUGACUGAAGCCAGUGUAUGGCAGGAGUUUGGUGACAUGCGCCAGAAAUGGAAGUAAGCUGUACAGUGGCCCCUGCAUAUAAUUUCCAGCUGUCAUUUGUGUGCUUGAAGCAAACCGUAGAGGAACCCAGAGCGGAAGGUGUUUCUGGGGACUUGGGCAUCCUUCUGUUUCUACUUCUGAAAGUGGAAGCGGGAGGGAGAAGUAUGAGCCAGCUGGGAAUAGUGCUUUGCCCUCUUCCUGGCCCCGGCCUAGGGUGUGUUUUUUUAACUCAGGAAAUCUUGAGGUCCAUUUCAGUUAUAUAGUUCUUCAAUAUGGCUCCCAUCCUGAUGGGGACCUGGCAGGAUGAUACUUUUCCUUCUCUAGUUCCUGUCUCCUCCUGGGGAGGGAAGCAGGUGGGGCUGGGUAGAGGGGACAAAGUUGUUUGUACUGUUCCACAUUAGGGUUCUUCACAUUCAGUGUUGUGUUGUUGCUUUUUUCCAAUGAGAAAGCUGAAAUUAGUCAUCAGGCAUUUACGUAUACUGUGGUUUUCCUGGGGUUUGUGGAGUUGUUUGCAGCUGUCACCCAGACAAAGCCAGCCCAUCAUGUGCUCCUAUUGCAUGGAGAAUCAGUGUUUUAUUACCAUUCAAGUCACUAACCCAGCUUGCUGGUAAAUGGCAGUCCUUGGCUUCCUACUUCUAUCAGUGUGGCUGAGUGUUAGCUCAGUUACAUCACUGUCAAGCAUGUCACACACACACACACACCCCUUUACCCCUAUCAUUUUUUAAUCCCCCACCAGUUGCCAGUUGUCUCUCCCCCCCCCCACUUUACUAUUAUGUUCUUCUGUGCUAUUGGAGGCUGUGCACUAAUCUGUUGGAGCAUAUUUGUCCUGCAAAAGAUAAAAUUUUCUCCUUCCCCCACCCGCAGCAAAGCUAUCCUCAUUUAUUUUAAUUCAAUGGGAAGUGACUUUCGCAGUGUUAACAUGGCAUUGCUGCCUUCUGUUGAGCAGGUGUCUUUCUCUUGCAAGGUCCAUAACAAGAAGGGCUGUAGCUCAGUGGUAUAUCUGGGUGGACCAAUGGCCUGACUUGGCAUAAGACAACUGCAUAUGUUCCGUUGGACAGUUGAAGAUUUGUUGAUUUGAAGAAAGGAUGCUCAAUCAUAGCCCUUGCAAAAUUUGGUCAUAUUUUUUAGUUCCCACAUCUAGUGGUGAAGUUGAUUGUCCAUUUUUACAUACUUUGUUUUUGUGACUUGUAUAUGUUACUAAGGUACUGCAAUGUUCUCAGUUUUAGAUAACGUUUAAGCCUUAUGAGAGUUGCUGUUCCGCAACGUAAUUCAGGAUGCCCCUUUUUUCAGUCUUUAGUCCACUUGCUAUUCUGAAAAGCAUCUCAAUCACAUCAGUGAUAGAUUUUGUGAACAAGGUGCAAUAUAUCCUAUACUUCUAGAGAGGAAUGUAAGAAGGCAUCAUUUUCCAUUCCACCCUUUGUUUUUUACAUGCAGCACUGUUUCCAUUCCACUGCAGUUCAUUUCCCUCCAAAAUCCAUAUUAUUUGUCAUGCUGUUUCCUAUGGCAAAACUUCUGUAAUUUAGUUAAUUAAUGACAUCGAUUAUGUUGCCAUUAUGUUAUUCCACCCCAUCCAUUUCAAUGCAAAGGAAACACAGUUUAAAUAGGGGGAAACAUAAUCAAUUAUGUAUCAUUUGUGGGCUAAAAGCAGCAACCGUAGCAAUACUGGCUGUGUUUGCUGGUUUAAUUUUCAUUCUGGACAUGGGACAAAUAAUCAAACAUCAUCAAUUUUCACUCCAGUUUCUGUUUUCAGCAGAAUUGUCCCACAUUACUUCUUCUAGUUGAUGCUCUGUCCUUUUGAUUCGAAUGAAUGAAAUACAAAUAAAGUGUGUGUUGGGGGGGAGCAAAUGACAAGAAAACAUCCAAGUCUGGAAUUGUUAUAAUUAAAUGUAUAAUUUCAUAACACUUUUAAAAUGCAUGUUUUGCUUUUAUCCUCACAACUCUAUGAAGCGGGCAGCUUGCGUUCCCAUUUUACAGGUGGAAAACUGAGGAUGUGCCCCUUUAAAUGAGGGGAGAAAUAUUGUAAUCCAUCACUUCUCCCUUGCUGCAUCUGGUCUUUGUUAGGACCUCUUGCUCUAGCUGAUGAAGUGCAGAUGUGAGGUAGCAUUCCAAAGAUAAACUCAGGAAAUUCUCAGAGUCUGCUGUGGGGGGCUGAGUUGGUUGUUAUUUGACUUUUGCUCUGUUUUGUUUGGGGUGCUGAGCUUAAUAUUCAGCAGGAAAAGAAGUGGCCUUUGAUAGACUGCACUGACAAAAACAGCAGCCUUCAAGAGGGAGAUUCCAUGAGACGUUUUUAAAGAUAAUAGGUCUGUGCCUUCUGUCCAUUAACAUUCCUUCUAAUUCCUUUAGUUUGCCAUCUUAAUUGCAUUUUCUGAAGAGCAGAGAUGCUUAAGGAUCAGUCUGCAUUUUUAGUGAACCAACUUGAUUUACACUUCCCUGGAUGAAUGCAGAGACUGCAAUACAAUUAUUCUUUGAAUUUUGCAAUACAUGUUUUGAUUCAGAAUGGUUUCUGGCAUUCAAACAUCAAAGAUGACCCUCGCCCAAACUUUGGGAACCCUCAUGCCUAGUUUGGCAAUGAUAUCUCGAGUGGCAGUCAAAGCAGUGUCAAAAAACAGGCAAAAUCAUGCCAAAGUGAUGUUUUGGUCUGCCAACCUGAUUCAAUCAAAAUGCCAUCUAGUGUCAGGGAUGGCAGGGCUCCGAGGUGUGUGUGGCAGAGGCAGGGGGCUCUGAGACUGAUCCAGGAGAAGGGGUCAACAAUUUGUGGGGUUUUGUGUCUCCCAUGAGGCAGGAGCCGUGGCUGAAGGAAGGGGAAGAGGCCAAGCAGUUGGAGACAGGGGAGGAGGUGCAGGACAUGCCAGGAGCAGACUGUUCCUGAGAUGACUGGGCCAGUAGAAUCCCCUCCAUCCUCUCUGCCACUGUCUCCAAGGACCAGGAGGGGCUUGAAGAGGCAGACACAGCAACAACUUCCAUGUAGGAGAAGUUACAGGUUGCUUGCAUGCACUCUGUCAAGCAAGGGUGCUUAACUUUAGGUGGAGGUGUGGUCACACUGUUGCUGCAACAGUGCAGCUUGAAGCCAGGGGCAUCAACUUGCCCCCCCCCCCACAUUGAAGGGGUGCUGUCAUGUGAUGCGUCACGGCAUGCACCAUGCAGGGGUGGGACGCGCGGAGGGCUCUGUGCUUGCAUGGCCCAGCCACAGCCAGGGAGCUGAGCUGCGGCUGGGAUGAGCAAGCGUGGAGAUUGCCCUCCACACUUGUCCAAGCCGCCUCCUGACUUCUGGGCUGCUGGGCAGAGGCUGGGGCUGGGGCUGGGACAUGUUGAGGGUGCCCGCUGGCAGCAGGGGGUGGCCCUGCACCCUGCAAAAAAAUAUUGGGGGAGCUAAAGCCCCCUCCGUUGCCGCUGCACAAGCCUGGGAAGGGGAUGCUGUAAGGAGGUGUGUGUUAAUUUGAAUUUAUGAUAUGGUUUAUCUCUCUAGAUCAUGGCAUGAGCAUAGGAUUGACAUAACUCCCAUACAAUAUGAGACCCUCCAUGAUUAGCUUCGGUGACUUUGGAAAAAGACUGAUCCCAGCCCCCUGCUGAAAGGCAUUUGGGCAUAUUCUGAGUUCACCCACAUCUGACUUAAAAGAUUAACACGCGCAAAUUUAGUUGCUAAGUACAGAAUACUCAGCUUCUCAGAAUGAUCCAUCCACACAAUGCUAAGGUGAUGUAAAGGCAGAGGUGCCUUGGUUCAGAUAAUUGCUUGCUAUCAAAGUCUUUCACCCACUUGUUAAGCAAAUAAGAUGGCCAGCUUUAGCCAUUUUUCACUAAGAUGGACAAGGUGAGAAUUAAGCAGGAAAUUCCAGGGAAAAGUAUAGAAAUUGUAGGAAUCACUCAUUUCACAGCUGCCCCCCUUACUUGUAUGCCUUGGCAAAAAUGUAUUUUAAAAACCUAAAUUCAAAGGUUAGGUAGCUCUCACAUUUCCAACAGGACAGCACUUAACCCAGCGCUCCCUCCCCUAAGACUCGACAUACUCUGCCUUGCUUUAAGGACAGCCAUACUUUCCUUCCCCACCUCCCUCUUUCUAGUGUGGGUUUAUGGCAAGAUUCUCAUGCCAUGCUUCCAUAGGCCUUUACAAUAGUUUGGGAAUCUUCUACUGUUUAAUCCAAGUGUGUAUGUAUUGUAAUUUGCUACCUGCUUAGACUGUAACUUUGCUGUCUAAGCAGCAGUUUUAUAUAUUCUAUCCCUCCUAUUUUAUAUAAUAAACCAAGUUUUAUUUGUUUCUUUGUGUGAGAGUUUCUUGUGGGCAUAAGAUUAAGGGUUAAUGUGCAACCAUAACAAGUACAUGUCAUAACUCCAGCAAAAGAUCCUAAACCUCUCAGCAGUGUGUAUAUGUGCUGGUGGUGCACAUGUAAGUUCAGGUUCACACAUUGUGGCAAUGCCAGCUACUUAGUCACCAGAAACCUCUCUGUGCCUCAACUGAGCAGCUUCAACAAUAGGCCUGGGUAAUGCACUGAUAAAUCAUUCAGGACUGGUAUGAGGGCAUGUUCAGCUGCCCCAGUGUCUUCCCAAGAUUGGUUCCUCCUUUGCAAAAUACAACGCUCAGCAUCUCACCCCUUCUUGUUUCCUGCAGUGAAUCCGUCUGGGAGAACAUGGCCCGCAUGUGUGUGAAGACACAAAGGCUGGAUGUUGCCAGAGUUUGCCUGGGGAAUAUGGGCCAUGCUAGAGGAGCCAAGGCACUGCGGGAGGCUGAGCAAGAGCCAGAGCUGGAAGCCAGGGUAGCCAUGUUGGCAAUUCAGCUGGGUAUGCUGGUAGGUCAGGUGUCUUUUUUCAAAGCAACCCUCUUUCAUUUCAUAGUAAGCCAUUUGGAGAGCAUGAGCGGUUCCCAAAUUGUGUUGGAGCAGAAAAAAAACAGGCACUUUGAAAAGAUGACUAAAGACACUUCCAGACUGCCACUAUUUUGGGGCAGGAUUCUGUGUCAUCCUGGGAAACUCAGGCUGCACAGUUAAAGCAGAUCGGGACCUCUUGCACCCGCUUUGCUUUCCCCUGACCUUCCGCUGGCAUGCAGCCCUUGGGUAAUUGGUCAACAGCAAAUGUGACCGUCCAGCUUAAAUCCAUUAGCCACCUCUCGUUUAAUACCAAAAGUAAACUUUAAAGGUGCUGCAAACUUGCCUUUGGAAGAGAAGCUCUAUUUGACAGCUGAGAGCAAAUGCUGCCCACUCUCUUCCUCCACACUUGCUAUGUCCUGUCUAUUGCUUUGAUCUUUGUCUGAUAACUUCACCCACACCCACCCAAAUUCAUUAGCCAACAUCUAAGGCUGCGUAGUUUUCACACUUUGCUAAAAGUCCAAAGUCUGCUCUAGAGUGACAGCAUUUCCCAAGCCUCCAUUUAUUUCUACUGGGGAAUUGCUUCAGAGAUUGCCAAGACUUUUUCAGCCUGUUGGACUGGAGCAUGCGGAGGCCGCCUCCCUCACCAAGUGACCUAGAGGUCGGAUUGCUUAGCGUUUUCCUUAUUUUUAUUUAAACAUCCUGUUUCAGUCAUAAUGCUUCUAUUCUGGGCUUUGUGGGCUCAAUUAGUUCUUCAAAUUCCUUUUUUAAUUAACCCUUGCUGCUACUCAAUAUUGGAAGUGCGUUGUUGCCUGUCUCAAAAUUGCACAUUAUUGCUCUUAUUUUUUAUGUAUACAUUUAGUCCAAUCUUCUUAGGGCAGCAUUGCAAAAUUCUCUCAUAUUUCUAGCUUUAACACAGUUUGAAAAAAAAUAGGUCAUUUUCAUUACACUCCAACUGAAUCACGAGGAAUACGUUUGUUGUACACCAGAGAGCAAUCUGAAGCGUGACAAACUGCUUUCCUCUGCCUGGGCCUGGACAGUCCAACUGGAAAAUGAAAAUGGCAAAAAUGUGAUCAGUAUUUUUUGCUCUCUCAAUCUGCCCGCAGUUCAUGAGAAACACAAUAUAAAAAUUAUUAGUAAUUUACAAGUGACAGCUCACUUGUUCAGCUGCAUUAUAGAUUUGGGGGUGGGGGUUGGCUAGUUGAGUACUUUUCAUCACUUAUGGUGUGGGUACCAUAUCAUAUUUAUUUAUUUGAAACUUUACUUCCUCUCAGUCUUCUAAAUAUCAGGGGAGUUCACAAUGCUCAAAAUUGCAACAUUGUCAUUCCCAUUUUUAAACUUAAAAAUUCAAAAAGACACAUGUCAAAAAGACACACUCUUUACAUAACUAAAUGUAUUAUUUUCUACUAAACACUUUGUAUAAUGAUUAGUGGACUUAUUGUUCCUUAUCACUUACAUUUUUAUUGGCCAAAUACUCGUUUUCUUUUUUUAUCACCCACAUUAGUUUGCUUUUCAUCAGAUAAUUAUUAUAUUGUUUGCGCAAUGCACUUUUUGUCGUUCUGAAUCACUCACCUCUCGUGUAUCCAGAUUUUGUUUAAUUGAUUUCUCAUUGUUGCAUUUUUGUCUUUUGUAUUCCCAUUUUCCUUUUUGUACAAAGUAUAUGCGCAUGCAUAUAAAAAUUGCAUAAUUUCCAAAGCACUCUUCAUUCUUUAGCUGUCUGAUCUCCAUUCCAGGAAGAUGCUGAGCAACUGUAUAAGCAGUGCAAGCGCUAUGACCUUUUGAACAAGUUCUACCAGGCCUCAGAUCAGUGGGACAAAGCCAUAGAAGUAGCCGAGGUUCAUGACCGCGUCCACCUGCGCACCACCUACUACAGUUAUGCAAAGCACCUGGAAGCCAUAGCCGAGCGCAAUCUUGCACUGACCUAGUAAGUAUUAAUUUGAGUCCCAACCCAAAGUUGUAUCCAACUCUGUGCACAGAGGGCUCAGCUCACACAGCAGGACUUCCCAUUCUUCUCCUCUCCUUGCACCCCCCAAAAAAACACCCUGUUCUGGUGGAUACCCCAAAUCCUCUUAAGCCAAUUUUGAGGGUGCAUGAUGGUGCUCCAGGGAAGAGGAAUGGAGGGGGAAAUGACCGUGUUGGAUGCAAUCUCCAGUUCUAUGGGUGUCUGCAAAGGAUUGCUGUUAGAGCAGUCCGAGCUAUAUCAGCAUCCUAUUCCUAGUCGUGAUACGAUUUUGUUGGCAUACGAACACCUAGUAGCCAAUUUUUUCAGUUAAUACACCUGUUUCAUGUUCUUGCUGUUCUUGAUAUAAGUAGAACAGUGCAUAGCAGUGCCACUUUCCCAGUCCUGAAAACCUAGGCCCUGAAAACCUAAUGAAAACAUGCUGUUUUCCUGCACAGCUAUGAGAAGUCAGAGACACACAAGUUUGAGGUUCCUCGAAUGCUUUCAGAAGAUCUACAGGCCUUGGAGUCUUACGUCAACAAGAUGAAAGAUAAGUGAGUGUUUGUGUGAUCCCUCCAUGCCAGACUGAACUCUGCUCCAGCUGCCAGUUGCCCUGUGACUGAAGUAGAGAGGGCAAGAUCAUUCUGGUCUUAUUUGCUGGCCAGACAAAGAUCUUCUGGUAGUUCUGCCCUCUCCUUCCCAGCCUGCUGUCAAAUGAAUAUAAAUCAUAGAAUUGUAGAGUUGGAAGAGAACUCGGGGGUCAUUUAGUCCAACCCCAUGUAAUGCAGGAAUCUCAGCUAAAGCAUCCAUGACAGAUGGCCAUCCAGCCUCUGCUUAAAAACCUCCAAUGAUCUCUCAUGCCACAUGAGAUCCAGUGGCUUCUGUUUCAGAGGCUGUGAUCAUAAGUCACUUGUACUUGGUCAGCCUUAUUGCAUUGGCAUUCUAGAGUAGCUGUAUCUUGGGUGAAGCAUCCUCGGGGUUCCUUUUCAGACUCUGACAUCUCCACCCCGUCUUGUCCCUCACAUCUAGAUUGUGCACCCUCUGGGCAGAAGCCAUAGCACUUGUUUUGUUGCAAAGCUAGUGCUCUAGCUGUGUUGUGUUUUGCAUCUAGUAGGACACACUGUUUAAUGAGUUAAUUGAGUCAUCCUUUCUCCGUUUUCCAGAGGCUUGUGGAAGUGGUGGGCCCAGUAUCUGGAAGGUCAGGCAGACAUGGAUGCGGCUUUAAAAUACUACGAACUGGCUCAGGAUUAUUUUUCCAUGGUCCGUAUUCACUGUUUCCUGGGUAACACCCAGAAGGUAAGCUUGAACCACUUCACUAUUCCAUCUAGAAAGGAAAGGCAGUAUAUACAUUCUUUCAGUACUAUUAAGCUUCCUUUCUGUGAGUUCUCUAGCACUGGCAGCCAUUUGAUGCUUUAACCUGGGCAGUAAGUAUAAUGGUUUUUCUUCUCCCUCCUUUCAUUUCAGGCAGCGGAAAUAGCAAAUGCAACAGGGAACUGGGCAGCUUCAUAUCACGUCGCCCGUCAUUAUGAGAGCAAUGAUGACAUCAGCCAGGCUGUGCACUUCUACACCAGAGCACAAGCUUUUAACAACGCUAUUCGGUUGUGCAAGGUACAUGCAGCAUUCACACACCACAUCAGUUUCCAAAUGAAACCAUAGAGAGCCCUUUGACUCACAGCUGUGGCGAUAAUGGGAAAAGCCAGCCACAAGGGCCAAAAAACGCAAAGAGAUUCUCAAGUACAAAUUCCUGCUAGUUGUUAUUGUCCCUGUGUUGUGGAUGCUAUUCAGCACAUUCAACCUGAGGAUUCUAGAGAGAAGUCAUGGAAAUGUGAUGUCAUCAACAUUCUUCCAUAUUUUUUUGAUUAAAGUAUCAGUAGUGUCAGCAGGCCAGAGAAUCGCCUUUUUCCAAGUUUGAGGUUUGUGUAGUGAACAAAGGCAAUUUUCCGGCAGUGGAGGUACAACCUGGAAGGAAGAUGUAUGUGUCCUUUGCACCAAAAGUGUUACAAGGGUGCUUUGUCUUCUCGCAAAUGAAUUCUGUUUGCGUAAGCUAAAACUGAUAGAGCUGCUGCUAUUAUUUCCUGGGUCUGGUCUGAAGGCACUUGCUUGAAGCUAAACAGUCCUGGGGCAAGUCAGUGCCUAGAAAGGAGACCACCCGGGAACCUCUGUGGGUUCCUUUCACAGAAUAAAGCUAGCAAUGAAAUGAAUAAAUAUUAUUUAAAAUUUCUUAACUGCCUGGCUCUUUAGAACUCCAAAUACAUGUAAAUUAAGAUAGCAAACAAGCAAUUUAAUUGUCCAGUUCAAAGGAAUUGCAUAACAUUGGGAACUAUGAGAUGCUUUGGUUUCUGGUUUUCAUCUUGUAUUCUCAGUUUUAACUGUGGACAUUAGCAAUGGACCCCCAAGAAGGGAGGUUCUAGAGAAGAGUCAUAACCGGCUGCCUGAGGUGAAGGGCAAGAUGGCACCUCCCCAGUUACACUGCCAGAAGCCAGCUGGCAUAGCAGUUGAAUCUUACUUCAGCACUGGUGAUAGGAUAGCAUCCUUCAUCAUGCCAGAGAUUAUAAAGUCGGAUUAAGGGACCCAGGAGAGGCCAAGUGGCAACAUUUGGGAAUGGCUGGAAACUCUGGAGGAACAGCUAGGCACUGUUGCUGCUGCCAUCUCUCAGCAUCAGCUGCCUAAGGCGGUUGCCUCAGUGUGCCUCGUGGGAGGUCCAACCAUAACUAAUACAGUAAAUAUUUUUGGAGUAGGAGAACAAUCUGGAUGACCAGCUGAUGAACCUGGCUCUUCUCAGCUCACCAGAAGACAUGAUAGAAGCAGCCCGCUAUUACGAAGGGAAGGGGGAACAAAUGGACAGGGCAGUGAUGCUGUAUCACAAGGUAAGCCCUUCUGUCUCUGUGGGAAGUCCCUUUCUCAAAUCAAAUGAAUACUGCUGUGGGAGGCAUAAUUCUUUCCUGGUGGCUGAUCGGCAGCUUCUGUACUGCAGUGGCCAUGUGGACUUGCUCAUUUUUAAGUGGGCCUUGAAAACAUGUGUUUUCAUAUAUGUGUGUGUGUGGCUUUGUGGUGCUGUUUUAAUUCCAGUUAUAUGCUGUUUUCAUAGUCACACUGUGUGAUGAUGGCUGUUUUAAAACUGUGUGGUGUUGUUGUUCAUUAAACUUGUGUACUGCACUUCAAGAUCACGGCGAAGUUCACAUCAUAAAAAUACAAAAUGAGAACACAAAGUAAUAAAACAAAAGCAAACCAAUAAUUUCCCUACCACAAACAUGUUUAAAAGGUUGAGGACAGUUAACCAAGACACAUUUCCCCUGUGCCUCUCCCAACAGAGGACAUAAUACCAAAGCAGUUUUAUGUGCCAAAACUGGGCCUAAACCCUGGUUGCAAUGGAUCUAGACAAUCAAUUUCCUGCAAGAGCACCUGGCUCUGGUCUGCAACCAUCCAUUCAAGAACCUUGCCGAAGGAGGGGAGAUUAGCAACUGGCUGGUAGUUACUUAGAUUUUCCAAAUCCAGGGAUGGUUUCUUGAGGAGUGGUUUUACCACUGCUUCCUUCAAGCACAGGCACCACCCCGUCCCAUGGGGAGGCAAGAACAGAGACAUACUUAGCAGUUGCCCUGACCAGUCCAAGCACCUUGUCUUUAUAUUGUCGUAUGCUCAGUAUGCAUAUAUUUGUGUUUACUGUGCUGUGAAGAAAUCUUUCUGCAAAGUGGAUUAUAAAGAAUAACAAAAAUCUGGAAGCUAAAACCUCAUGUCUCCUUUGACAGGCAGGACACUUGUCCAAGGCUCUGGAGCUGGCUUUUGCCACAGAGCAGUUUGGAGCCCUGCAGCUCAUUGCUGACGAUUUGGACGAGAAGUCGGACCCAGCCCUGCUGGCUCGUUGCUCUGACUUCUUCAUUGAACAUGCCCAGUACGAGAAGGCCGUUGAACUCUUGCUAGCUGCCAAAAAGGUAACCUGUAUAUAUGACAUUACAGCAAAUGGCAGCCUUGUCCUCUAUGCCCUCAGUUCUUGACCUUGUAAUCCGUAAACCACCAUUUUUAGGAAACAUUCUCAAAAUCUCCUCUGGACUAAAGCUUUGCAUGGGCAAAACUUUGUUUGGCAGGCAGAACGGUUCAAGUAUAAUAGGAGCUUGUAAUGGCUUGGCUUUGGUUACUCUUUCAGUGAUGUCUUAUUUUCCAUUGUGUUGCUAGGAAUCACCUUUGAAGCACUGCACAUUCCAAAAAAAAGAGCUCAGCCUCAGUUAGAAAGUGCUCUUCAAAAGAUGCUCUCAUCCUAGGGCUUAGGCUUGGCAAAUUGUAUUGUCCUCCUUCCCUCCCUCUCCACCUCCACUCACCUUGCAAGAUCUUACUCUGUUUGUUCUGUCUUGCAGUACCACGAUGCUCUCCAGCUUUGUCUGACACAGAAUCUGACCAUCACCGAGGAGAUGGCUGAGAAGAUGACCAUUUCAAAGGACUCCAAAGAGGUCCCAGAGGACUUGCGACGGGAACUUCUGGAGCAAAUUGCCGACUGCUGCAUGCGGCAGGGCAAUUACCACAUGGCCACUAAGAAGUACACACAGUCGGGGAACAAGCUGAAGGCAAGUUGUGCCGCACUGCUGUGGCUGCUGGCAGGAGCUGAUGCUAGUAAAAGGUUUCUGGAAGUCUGAGCACUGGUGGCCAAGGGCACCUUUUAUUAACUUCGGCUGGUGAAGUUACCAGAGAAGGACCUAGGAAGAUGCCUUUGGGAAGCCCAAAACUGGGCAAGAAGGAAAGAGAGGCCUGUUGUUCUCCAGCAAAUGUUACCACCUCUGAACCUGGAGCUUGGACAACCUCUCCUCCCUGUCACCCAUGCUUUUUUGUUUUCUGUAAUGUACAGUAUAAUUCAGAAUGUUGCAGUCUGUCACCUUAGGAAUGAGGUGGCAAGAACAUAUUACUCCCAGUCCUUGAUCUUCUGCACUUGCUUCCUGUUAGCUUAUCUUGAUUUAAGGUGCUAGUUAUCACAGAUAAAAACCCUAUGUACUGAUUGUCUUCAGCCUAAGAGUGUGGGGAUGGGAAUUUUUUGUGGGGUCCUAAACUUUGGACUGAAACAUGCAAUUCUGCAGGUCUUUCUUUCCUAGCUCUCUCUGGUUUGCUGCUGCUGUUUGCCACAGACAAAUGCAAGCCUCACCAACUCUGCCCCUUCAUUUGCAGGCAAUGAGAGCCCUGCUCAAAUCGGGAGAUACAGAGAAGAUUGUGUUCUUUGCUGGUGUCUCCAGACAGAGAGAGAUUUACAUCAUGGCUGCCAACUAUCUCCAGUCCCUGGACUGGCGCAAGGACCCAGAGAUUAUGAAGAACAUCAUCAGCUUUUACACCAAAGGGAGGGCUCUUGACCUCUUAGCUGGUUUCUACGAUGCUUGUGCUCAGGUGCGUAGGUGUUUCUCAGAUACAGAGUUUGGGUUGCACAAGAGAAAGUGAAGUUCAUCCCAUUUACUUUCUCUGCAGGUAGAGGUGGAUGAGUACCAGAACUAUGAGAAGGCACUGGGAGCCCUAACCGAGGCGUACAAAUGCUUGUCAAAGGCGAAGACACGCAGCCCCGUUGAGCAGGAGAGCAAACUUGCACUCCUCCACAGCAAGAUGGCCCUGGUGAAGAGAUUCAUUCAGGCCCGGAGGUGAGAGGGAACAGCCAAGACUUCUGUGCAUUGGGAAUGCUGCACAAUCUUUGUCAAAAGCAUCCUGAACUUCUGCAGUUCAGGAGGCUCAAUCGGAAAGAGGUUGUGAAUGAUAAGCUGGACACUCACUAGACUCUCGGGAUGGUUCCCCCUUCCACUAUGUCUGCUUCAGGCUGGCUUUGCGACUGACACAGCAGCCAGCCUAUCGGAACUGUACACAACCCUGCUCUUAUUCCUGGUGAAGAACAGAAGGGUGGGGGCAGAGUCUUGGCAGUGUAUGAUGAAAACUCUGGUAUUUGUGAGUGGGGAUGGAAACUUGUGUGCUUCUUGGAGCUUCAACUCGCCUGCAGUCUAUGCUUUCUGCUCUUUCCUUAGUCCCUUCUAAAAUAUUCAGGGAGAAAGGAAAUACUACUGCUUGGAGCAUGCAUGAAUUUAGAUUUCUAUACCUGAUAGGCAUCAAACAGUUUUUCCACUAAGAGGCAAAUGAUAUAACAAAAGCUUUUCUCCCAUAGCACUUAGUGUCUGAUGUUUCCCCUUCCUAGGCUUUAUUCAGAGGAUCCCAAGGAGGCAGUAAGGCAGUGUGAGCUACUCCUGGGUGAGCCAGACAUCGACAGUGCCAUCCGCCUGGGAGAUGUUCUCGGCUUCCUGGUAGAACACCACCUACAGGUCCAAGAAUUCCAGAUGGUGAGUGGUCCAAGCUCUUUCAAGGGUAUUUCAAUAAAGACAAGCCUCCUUGAUAAGACAUGGGCAGACCCAUUCAAAAUAUUCAGCACCACACAAGUGUUGUUCUUGUGAGAUUGUAUCACCACAGAUAAUAUGUGGUGGUACAAUUCUGCAUACUAUUUUGUAUGCAAAAUACAACAGAAGCAUACUUGAAUUCUUUCUUGCAUGUAUUUUUAGAACUCCCUACACACAGAGAGCUAGAAUGUCAGGGAGCAGCCCUUCCCUCAAGUACUAGUUUUCUACCUGUGAGAAUGGGGAAUAUUCAGGCAUGCAGAUCUUCCACUUAGAAUCACUGGAGUAAGUGAAUGUGUAGGAAUGUGUAGUAAGUUUAGGAAUGUGUAGGUCAGCUCUCAGAAGCACAAAUGGAAAAUAGCUCACUAGAAGUGUAAUGUCUAAACCAGUCCUGAAUAAGAUUAUUAUAUAGUUGGAUGGCAGGAGGUGGCAGUUCCAAAUAUAAUUUAUAAACAUUAUCAUCAGGGGAUAUUUCUUUGCUCUUACCAACACCUGGUGUGCGGGGAGGAAGGGGGGAGCCACAGACAAGCAGAGGAAACAAUUGUGUUGAACCAUCUGGAGAUGCAAUGAUUCAUUUGCUAAGAGCAGGAAGUGUCAACAUGACCUAGUGUAAAAUAGGGAAGGCAGAAUUACUGGCUGUGGGCGAAAGGAACUGCUGCUCUGGAACAGCCAGGUGCUCUCUAGUCACAUGGAAUUCAAGCAAAAAAAUGAGCUGCAUUAAAAGACACUGCCUGGCAGCAAAUCUGUUCUGCAGACAGAUCCUGCCGGACUAUUAGCCGUCUAAUGCCAGGUUUCCCAACUAGUACUGCUAACAUCUACCUAUACACUGCAACAUCUUUAAACAGUCUGUCUCUUGGCUUCCAGCCCUUUAAUGCAGGUUCUAACUAUAUGAACAUGAAGGAAUACAAAUUCUAGAUAUUAUGGAGCCUUGGGAAUCACUCAUACAGCUAAUGAAAACCAGCAUCUCACAACCCUUCUGCUGUUGGUAUAGCUAUUAGAAAACUCCUUAGUCAGAUGUUGAAAACCAGUGGAUAUGGUUUCACAAAGACAACUCAAAUCCGUGGUUAUGAUUGCACUGUUCCAGUAUAAGCAGAUAACGGCUUACAGUCUGAGCUUAAAAUAGCUUGUCAGUGCCACAGUCACCUGGAGGUAGAUUUUUUUAGUUCAUUUUACCAUUCUGUUCAAGUGAGAACAACCCUUGACUAGGACAUACUUUUGUUCUCCCUAGGCCUACCGGUACCUAGAAGAGUUGCGGAAAAAGAUUCCCUGCGUCAACCUCAAUUACUAUGUGAGCCAACAGACUGUGGAGGCAGUCCACAGGGGACUGGGCAUUCCUCUGAGCCGAAACACUGCCCCAGAGAGGGUUCGCCACAACAGCAUGGAGGAGAAAGGAGUGGAAGACGAAGUGGCUGAUGAAGCAGAGGCUUCCUAAGCAGUCUGAGCUUGGUCCCUGUAAGAUGGUAACUUCUAUUCCUGCACUAUUAGAGGAGAGCCAAAGGAUUGCCUUGCCUCAUUUUAUUAGGGGUAAAUAGACUGGUGAGAAGCCAGUUUCUAAGCUAUAUUGUAUGCUUGGCUUUUUCCAAGAUGUUAUGGUUUGAAUGCACUGCCCAGUUGUUGAGGUUUGUGCAUCUCUUAGCAAGUUAGUAGUGGUAAACAUAUGUAUAUGCCAUUUUUGUUUUUAGCCCACUUUCAGGUAUUUUAGUACUUUUAUUACAUUUUUGGGAAACACAAAUGUCUUGAGUAAUUUUGUAUAUCAGAAAAGAUGAGAGAGCAAGAGGUUUGGGCCAAAACAGAACUUGAUGUAAGCAUCAUAACACAUUGUUUGAAAAUCUGAUGUAAUCAAACAGAGCAUCCAACAUGACUUCCAUUUUCCCUCAACCCCACCCCCUUCUCCUCUUGGUUACUUUGCAGAAAAUGCAUCACAUUUAGUGCAAGUUGAGAGUGCGCUUUUUGCAGUGUGUGUGAAAUAGUGCCAGGAGAAAUGACUUCAUCUGCUCUUGGCAGAUGAGCCACAUGACCUGUUCACCAGUCCUCUGUUCAGUGAACAUCUUAGGCUGAGUUAACAGCACUUUCAAGCCAUUUUAUCAGACCUGAUCAGUCAAUAGAGUCCUGCUGUGUUACCAUUGGCUACUGUAGUCAUGCACAAAAGUCAAACAGAAGUUAAUGCAUGAUACCCAGUAAGGACCCAAAGUCAAAAAGAGCCCAUACUCUAUCCAGAGCUCAGAUGAGACGAACAACACACAGGUUUUGGAGCUGGCGUAGAUCCUUUCCUUUGCAACAUACUCAUAUUAACCUGGUUCAAGAACACUGAGUAAAUAGUCUCUUUGCUCCUGUCCUGGCUACAGUGUCAGCCUAUGCACACACAAGUGUGUGUUUGCAGAAAAGCAGCAGUACCAGCACACCUCUCUACCAACAGACCAACAACAAAUGCAUACUCAACUACCCUCUGCUACCAAGCCCAGAUGUUAAGCUACCUAUCUAUGGCUUACAGCUCAGUGUCCUCCUUCCAUUCCUGUCCUCCAAGCAGAGACAGGGCAGAUUCUGAGCCACCAGCUGGACAGAGGGCAGGCAAAGGGCAUCUCCAUCAUCAAGCCCUCCUUCACGUUUCAAGAGUUUUUUUCUUCAGGUUUUCCAUCAGUAGCAGAUUCUGCAGUGCCAAACUUCUGCAGUCACCAUCUGGGUCCUUCUCUGCAACAUCUGCAGAAAAUAGGAAAAGACAGACAAGAGGAGAGGAAAGAAUGGCUCGAGGAAAUCCCUGUAGAGCAUUAGUUGAACUGUCAAGUGUGCUUCAGUAAAGGAACAAUAAAAGGAAGUUAUCCCCACCC